AUGUCGGACGAGUCAAUCUCAGGGAGUGAUCCAGACAUGGACCCGGACUUGGAGCAGGAGGAUAUGGAAGAGGAGGAGGAGGAAGAGGAGGAUGAAGCAAUGGAGGAGGACAAUGAUGGAGAUGAUGAAGAGGAUUUACUUGAUGAGAAUGGUGAGUAAUGGGCAAGGGAGUCAAUGAAUGCUUUUUUGUAUGUGCUUCCCGGCACUGUUAAAUCUGGUGAAUAAAUCAUUAGGUUUUAUAUAAGAGGCAGAUUUGUUCACUGUGGAAUUUAUGCAAGUACAGGUCUUUGAACAUUUGUACCAGUUUUUGAACAUUUAAGUCAGUAGGUUAUAUAAUGUGACAGCCCAGUCCUAAAUUGGCAACUUGCAUUGCUGUAGCUAAAACUGUAUCCAAAUCUGGGUGAGCAGGGCAGAGUUAUUUAGCUCUGCAGCUGCUGGGGAAGCCCCCUUCUAGCAAUCCAUUUUGAGAAGAAUGUUGUGUGUAUUGUUACUAUGUGUCUGAGGCAUGUCUGUUGUGAGGGCAUCAGUUACACCUUUUUUGUGAAAUAUUUGGCUUCUCCAGACCUCAGAUUUGAAUGAAAGGGCACGAGGCUAAAACUACGGCUGUGUGUACUUUGCUACAUAUAUUAACAUUCUGUGCCAAGGAAAGCUGUCCCUUGUGGCCUAAAUUUUACAGAUCUACUCAGUCUGUGCAUUACUUCCUCUUAUUUGCAUAUUUUUACAAUCUUGACUGUUCUGUAUAAUCAACUCCGUGUUGGUAAUUAAGGGAAAUUGCAGCAGCUAUGCAGAGCACUGAUGCCCCACCCAAAACUGCUGGAAACUUUAUCCAGGUUCCUGAUACAGUGGUGCCUCGCAAGACAAAAUUAAUCCGUUCCGCGAGUCUCUUUGUCUUACGGUUUCUUCGUCUUGCGAAGCACGGCUAUUAGCGGCUAUUAGCGGCUUAGCGGCUAUUAACGGCUUAGCGGCUUUAAUAAAAAGGAAACAAACUCGCAAGAACUCGCAAGAUGUUUCGUCUUGCGAAGCAAGCCCAUAGGGAAAUUCGUCUUGUGGAACGACUCAAAAAACGGAAAACUCUUUCAUCUUGCGCGUUUUCCGUCUUGCGAGGCAUUCGUCUUGCGAGGUACCACUGUAUUUCAGCAGGGGUUACCCACAUGUAGAGCUAGUUUGAAUACAGUUAAGACAUUGUUUAUUUGGUUUAACUUGAAUUUUGCUCUUCGCCGCUCUUGACUAUGCCAUACAGGGGGAAAUACAAGCCAGGAAGAAACCAGAGCCUGGCUUGUUACAUGCAAGCUCAGGCUAAUGAGGACUCAUGGUCCAAAGAAACUACAACCCCAUACAAGCUAAGUUUAGCAUGCAUGGUAAUUCCUGCCUUGUGUCCUUCUCUGUGUGGCAAAUUAGUGUUGUAGUUUAAGAUUACACGUGAACUGGGCCAUUGUUGUUAGGACAUAAGAGCACAGGAAGAAUCUUGGAUCAAAGGCCCAUUUUGAUCUGUAUUCAUUGUUUCCAGUACUGGCCCACCACCUGCAUUAGCAAAACCUCACAAUGAAAGUGAUAGCUUUUUGUUGUCUUCAGUAUCCUGUAUUCUGGUUCAGUUUAAUACUGUGACUAGCAGUUAUGGAUAAUCUAUAACUCCAUUGAAGGAGGUUGGACUAGAUGAUGCUCAGGGUCCUUUCCAACUCUACAAUUCUGUGAUUCCAUAUGAUUCAGUUAUUUAUGCUAUUAGAUUGGCUUAAUUUAGUCUUCAAGUGUUGCACCCUAUACUACAUUCUGUGUUUUUUUUCUGCACUCCUGCAGAAUCAUGUCACAUGCACAGUCCUGACUCAAGACUAGAGAAAAAGAGGAAGGCAAGUCCUCCAUUUUUAUCUGUUGCUCAAGGUGCAUUCAGAUGCCUCUUCUAGCUUCUCCUCCUCUGCUGCUUUGUGCUUGCUUUUUAAAUGGUUUCUGUUCAUGGUGUGUGUGUUGAGGGAGAGGGAAGGAGUAGUUGCACAUCUGGAAAAGCAAGAGCACUCAUUUCAAAAUGGAGUCUUGGCCAGCAGCAGUUUCACUUGUCUGUGCUUCUCCCCUAUCUCAUUUUUCUAAAAAUUUCCUCUCAUUACAACAGCUAACUGAACUCCUGCAGUUGCAUCUGCUUGCAACAAAUUCAACUCUAGGAAUCAGUAUCCUCUGUUAUUAGAAAAGCCCCUCUCUCAUCAUUCAUUCGCGAAGUAGCUCUAAAUUGGAGCUCAUUGCUAGGUCUUUUUUCUCUUCUGUUUUGGACUAACCGCAGACCCAUCUCUCUUGUUUCCUUAAAACAUGGAAUUUGGAACUGAGAGGAGAUCCUCUGUAGAUUAUCUUAAUAUGUGGUCAAGUUCAAAUGGGAGAAAGUUGUCCUUCAGAUGCUGUGGUCCUGAACCAUAUAGGGUUGUAUUCAGCUAACUUUUAAUGAGAAUAAAGGUAAAGGUAAAGGGAACCCUGACCAUUAGGUCCAGUCGUGACCGACUCUGGGGUUGCGGCGCUCAUCUCGCUUUAUUGGCCGAGGGAGCCGGCGUUUGUCCGCAGACAGCUUCCGGGUCAUGUGGCCAGCAUGACUAAGCCGCUUCUGGCGAACCAGAACAGCACACGGAAACGCCGUUUACCUUCCCGCCGGAGCGGUACCUAUAUAUCUACUUGCACAUGACGUGCUUUCGAACUGCUAGGUUGGCAGGAGCAGGAACCGAGCAACGGGAGCUCACCCUGUCGCGGGGAUUCGAACCGCCGACCUUCUGAUCGGCAAGUCCUAGGCUCUGUGGUUUAACCCACAGCGCCACCCGCAUCCCUUUAAUGAAAAUAGACCCACUGAAAUUAAUGGACCUAAGUUAUGAUCAUUAAUUUCAACUGCUCUGUUCUGAGCAAAUGUUAGUUGAAUACAGCCCAAAGUACUUUAAAGAUCAGAGGUUAACAGCUUGGCCACCACAUUCUGGUGAACCACUUCCAGCUGAGCAGAGGGACUUCUGUUCACAGCCUGGGCAUAAAGGGCCAACGCUGAACCCAGAAGGACCCCAAAGCUACAAACACAUGUUUUCAAGUACAGUUUUAUGCAAUCUUCGUGUAGGGUUGCCAUACCUCAACAACUUUUCUGUCUGGAUUUUCACUGUUUGAAAUAUGGCGACCCUAUCUUCAUUGCAGUGCAGUAACUGUAACUCUGAUACAUUUUUUUCCCCAGUUCCCUUAAGUUUUAGACCUGGGCUGCAUUCUAUUCUCUGUUAAUGAGGCCCUUGAUUAAUGAGCUGUCCCCACUAAAUCAACUUCUACUUCAAGUAAAUAGUCUUGUAUGUAGUCAAUAUGAUGUGUUCUUUUUCUAAUUAGUGGGCUAGCUUAAGUGGUAGAGCUAUUAAUUCUGUUCUGCUCAUAACUAGAAGUUAUGACUACCAACAGUUUAUAAUUUCAUCUGAUGGUGAGCCCUUUCACCUGGAGUAUUAUCCCUCAUUUCUCAACUGUGUAACAAAAAUUACCAGAAAUUGCAUUUUAAAGAAUGUGAUGGUGAUUUCUUCUGUGAUAGUUGGUCUUCAUGGCGGCUUAUAUCCUGCCCUAAGUCCUUGUAUUAUGUCCUUUUGAGCUCUUUUGUAUGUUUUAAGUGCUUAACUAGAAACUGGUAAAAAGAAAAGAAGGAAAUUAGUCGCUUUACAGUCAAACUAAUUGUAAAUUGUAUUGCUUUUAUUUUUAGAUGAGUAGGUGAGAUUUAUCUGUAGCGUGGAAGAUUUAUAAAACUGAUAAGGCUUUGUGAAAUAUUUUAAAAUACGUUUGUUCUGUUUGUGCAGUACAUUAUUCCUAAACAUUAAUACACUUUUACAGUUCUAUGUGUUAUACAACAAAGUGGGUAUUGCUGACUGGUGGGUGGCUCAUUUUCUUCAGCUCUCUGAUUUUUAAGUAGAUCACCUUGUAAUGAUUUUGUCAUAUUCUUUCCUUUUGGGGGAAUCACGGUGCAAAGUUCAUCUCCCUGAGUAACCUUUGCAUAACGUAGCACUUGCCUUGUGAGCUACAAGUGUGUGCGCUGCACAGAGACACUUGCUGCACUAAGAAAGGCAAGGAGUGUUGCCCAGCAGAUUGCCAGACAAUGUGCCAAUGACUACCGGCUAAAGUCAUAUCAGAGCAUUCAACUUGCUGCUGACAGUGACAAUACUCACAAAAUGUACGAAGAAAGCCAUUGGAGCAACAAUCAGAAAAACUGCACUGUUGAAAACUUUGUCUGUAGAGAUCAUCACAAAUUGCAGCAAGCAGGUGAAGCAAUGAGCAUAGCACUGCCAAGAACCGUACUUGUGGGGGGAAAUGGUCUUUGGCACAGCAAUUGCCUGCAUUCAGACUCUGCUUGUCUUGGAGGAGCUGGAUGUUCCUCUCUCCCCUGAUGAGCUUAAGAACUCUUAAACAUGUGGUGAAGCCCUAGGACAGGACUGAAUCCCAGCAGAAGUACUGAAAGCAUCAGCAUUGGUGACCAUACGCUUGGGGUGGUAGAUGAUUCUGUCUGCCUUGGCUCCACCAUAACCAGCAACCUUUCCAUUGACGCUGAGCUGGACAAGUGUAUUGGUAAGAAGAAGAAGAAGAAGAGUUUGGAUUUGAUAUCCCGCCUUUCACUCCCUUUAAGGAGUCUCAAAGCGGCUAACAUUCUCCUUUCCCUUCCUCCCCCACAACAAACACUCUGUGAGGUGAGUGGGGCUGAGAGACUUCAAAGAAGUGUGACUGGCCCAAGGUCACCCAGCAGCUGCAUGUGGAGGAGCGGAGACGCGAACCCGGUUCCCCAGAUUACGAGACUACCGCUCUUAACCAGUACACCACACUGGUAAGGCAGCUAUGGCAAUGGUUUGCCUCUCCAAAAGGGUAUGGGAGAAUGUGAUGCUAGUGCCCAAUGCCCAAAUGAAGGUCUACCAGACUUGUGUGUUGAACAUGCUGCUUUAUGGAAGGGAGUUGUGGGCAACUUACAGCUACCAGGAGCGACGCCUCAAUGUCUUCCAUAUGUGCUGUGUCAGGAAGAUUUUGGGCAUCACAUGGCAAGGACCGAGUCUCAGACAGAGGUGUUUUUCCAAGCCCACAUUCCCAUUGUUUUCACACUUCUGUCUCAUCAAUGUCUAAGCCAGGCAUGUCCAAAGUCCAUUUUGGGGGCCUAAUCAUGCCUGCUGAUCAAUUUAAUCCGGCCCCCAUGGCAGUAUAUGUGUAAAAUUGUAAAAAAACCUGAACAGUUUUGGGGUAAAAUUGGAAAAAAAGCUGAACAACUUUGGCCGGCCCUCAUGCAUGUUCACUUCAUCAAAUCUGGCCCUCUUUGAAAAAGGUUUGGGCACCCCUGGUCUAAGCUGUCUUGGUAAGUUUCCACACAAUGAAAGAUGGCAGGAUCCCCAUGGAUGUGCUGUAAAGGGAGCUACCUUCAGGCACCAGGCCUGUUGGCAGACCAACUUACAAAGAUGUCUGCAACUGUGACACGAAGGCUGCCAGCAUUAACUCCACUGUGUGGGAAUCCCUUGCAGACGACCACUGUGCCUGGAGACAGGAGUCAGGUCAUGUAUCCACAGCACUGGCCAGAGGAGGAAUGAGCACUGGGAGGAACGCAGAGAGAAUAAAUGCCAUGGUGCUUCUGCGCCAGUGAAACCGGGCACCUUAAUCUGCCCCAGAUGCAACAAAGUAUGUCUCUCCCAUAUUGGUCUCCACAGCCACAGCAGGCGCUGUAACUCUCCAACGGUUUGACUUUACCCCCAAUGGCAUAUUCUUCCACUGUCUCUCGAGACAGACAGAUGCCAACAAUGCCUUGGUUAAUGUGAAUGUGGCACUGUGGUCUAAACCACUGAGCCUCUAGGGCUUGCUGAUCGGAAGGUCGGCGGUUUGAAUCCGCGCAGCGGGGUGAGCUCCUGUUGCUUUGUCCCUGCUUCUGCUAACCUAGCAAUUUCGAAAGCAUAUCAGUGCAAGUAGUUAAAUAGGUACCACUGCAGCGGGAAAGUAAAUGGCAUUUCUGUGUGCUCUGGCACUCGUCACAGUCCUUUGUGCACCAGUAGCGGUUUAGUCCUGCUCGCCAAAUGACCUAGAAAGCUGUCUGUGGACAAACGCCAGCUCCCUCGGCCUGCAGCGAGGUGAGCGCCACACCCCAUAGUCACUUUGACUGGACUUAACUGUCCAGGGGUCCUUUACCUUUUAAAAAAACCCUCAAACACCUUGGUGCUUGUAUGUGUUUUAUGGUAUAAUUUUGGUUUUGUAAAAUAAACCACAUCAUUUUUAGCAUUUAAGCUCCACAGUUAAACUAGUAGAAAUGAAAGUGAUUGGACCAGAAACAAGAAGUACAUAAGCACAGUAGUUCUGUGAGAAUUAAGAACCAGUGAGGAUAUUGGUAAAUUCUGCUGUAGGCUCUUGGCUCUUUUGAACUGGUUGUUCUGUACCAGCAAAGUGACGACAUUUUUGUUUUGGUUUCCCCCCCCCGAAAAAAACACUCUACUCUGUGUUUUGUGGAGAACGCUUUGUACUUAAACUGCUUGUUUCUUUUUGAUUCUAUCUGCUAGGGAUGAGUUUGUAAGCUUCCUUCCUUCUCAGAAGAGUUUAUUGUGGCAGGGAUGUCUGGAAAAGGGCACCAAAGUCCUUAGCCAAACUUACAGGAAUAUAAGGGGCAUGAUAUGAGUUGGAGGUGGCUAGGAGCCUAUUUUGCUAAUUCUAGAAUUUUAAUUAGUGCUGUGAAACUGUUAUCUAUUGUUACCUAAGUUAUCAUAGUUGGGGUGUGGCUUGAAUGCUGGUGUGGGAAGGGAGACUAGAACAUUCAUCUCGGCCCCCUCAGGGUUUCACAGACAGACAACACUUGCGGUCAUAUUUCUUUUUAAAAAUCUAUAAGGAUUUAUUUCAGGUUAGGGCUGAGGAGAAGGGUCAUAAAAAUCUUGAUGGUGGUGUUGCCUCUCCUCACUUGUCUCCUUACGAUUUUUGGGGGCAUAAAUCACUUGUUUGAGAAAGCGGAACAACUUCUGGCAGCAUUAGACAAUGUUAUAUAACCUGGAGAAAUGACUUGCAUUUGCUUGGAGGCAAUGAUGCCAAAGUUCUCUUUGCCUCAGAUCUGCUGACGGGUUCUGUAGCCUUGCUGUUCUGUUAUGGUGGUGUAACCAGCUGCUUGCUUUUCCUUUUUUUUUGCCUCGUAUAAUGGAAUUUAAAGUACAUAUGUUGCUAUUCUAGAGCACUCAUCCUUCUCUGUGUAUGCAGGUAGUCACCGCCUCCAUUUCUUGUUGGUAAUUGUUCUUGAGCAUAAAAAAUGUAAUAUACAUACACUGUAAAAUUCUGCGAAUUCAAAUUAACAAAAAAAUACACUGUGCUCUCUGUGGAUGUGAAAAAUAUCUCUCUUAUAUCUUCUGUUUGUUUCCAAUUUCUGUUACUCUUUGAUCAGAAACACCAUUAUGAAGAAAACUUUUUUUCCUUUUGAAAUUAAUUUGUUAUUUCUUGUUCUAUUAUUCUUGCAGUGAUUUAUUCGUUUCUACUAACCUAUCUUUAAUUGCACUUGCACACUAUUUAUUUUCAUUCAGCAGUGUAAAACUAAAACCCCAAACACAUUUAAUUGAAACAAGUACCUCACAAACACAGCAGGUGUAGCCACCAUAGUGCCCUCCUGAUGUUGUUGAACUCCAAUUCCCAUCAGCCCCAGUCAACAUGGCAGGGAUGAUGGGAACCAUUGUCCAGCAACACCCGGAGGGCACCAUAUUGUAAUAAAAAACUAAUUUAAAAAGAAAAAGAAGUGUAAUUUAAGCCCACAAAGGUUUGUUUGGUUUUUUUUACUGGAAAAUGCACACUUUUGAGUGAAAGUGCUUAUCAGCUUAACUUGGGAGGAGAGGCUGUGACUGAAAAUAACAUCCUGGUUUUGAUUAAAAUAUUUAAUAAGAGCUAUUGUCUCCUUAUUUUAUAAUUUUAGAUUUGAGUUUUUUAAAGAAAUAAAAUCAAGGGCCAUAUGUGCAUUUAUCAUACUGCUAAGACAACUUUUGACCAGUAUUAUACUAUUAAAUCAAAACAUUUGAUUGUGGAAGUUUGACAUCUAGAACCCUACAUAGUCUGUAGAGUUAUCAGUUGUAGUAAGUGCUCUCUAGCUUAAAGCAAGGAAUCAGUAAAUAUUGCUGACUCAACACAUUGCUGACUCAACAAAGCUCCCCCCCAACCCCUAUUAUAUACUCCUGAGUUUAUUAUUCUUGGGUUGCUUAUGGAUACUGCCUAAGAGAGUCGCAGUCUGGGAAAUAAAAGACUGCAGCCUGAAGCAGUCUGAGAAAUAAAAGAGUAUAGCAGAGGUAAAUCAUGUGGUCAUAUUGCAUGUGUUUUAAUGGGCUGGAACCAAAGCUUUCUGAAAUCAGUAGACAUUCUUAUUUCUUUGGUGUGUGCCAACUUCAUAUUUUGUCUUCAUUUUUUGUAUCCAUUUUCUUUUGUGCUGCUUUUUAAAUUUGCUUCCAGACGGAUGGCUACAGGGAGAUCAUGUCUUAUGCUGGGGUUCAGUUCUAAGGGUUCUGUGUGUACACAAAAAUGUGUACAGUGGAUGCUCGGGUUGCGAACAUGAUCUGUGUGGGAUGCACAUUCGCAACCCGCAGCGGCGUGUCUGCGCACGUAUGGUUGCGAUUUGGCACUUCUGCACAUGCAUGACCGCUGAAACCCAGAAGUAACCCGUUCCAGUACUUCCGGGUUUCGGCAGGUCCGUAACCCAAAAAAACGCAAUCUGAAGCGUCUGUAACCCGAGGUAUGACUGUAUACUCAAGCCCUUGGAGCCAAGCCCCUUCUUGAGUAUCACUGGUUUUCCAGAAUUUGUGAGAAGGGAGAGCCUUGCUUGGAAAGCAACACAGAUAUUUUAAAAGGCUCUUUAUGUGCCAGGAAAAUCUGGUGCAAAAAGAGCUUUCAGCUGUCUACUCAUUAAGAGAUCUUGGAUCGGUACUGACAGUACUGUCACUAAAAGCAGAGGGAAAAUACCUGGGAUAGGAUUAAAAAAGGAAAAUAAAUAAAUAUUUUGUUGUGAGAUGUAAUACAGAGGAAUAGCUUUUAAUAAGCCUACUAUGAAAUGAAGCAUUAUGUAGUGGGAGUGUAUCUUAGAAAACAGCCUUCCCCUACUUGGUACCUUCCAUAUGUUUUGGACUACAACUCCCAUCAGCCUCAGACCUCUCCACUGUUCUUUGAUUGUUGUUGGCCUCAGCAACUCCACAUAAAAAAAUAAUUUUUUGAGCUAAAGCCAAUAGGUCGUUGCUGCCACUAUUUAGGUUACAGAGAUCACAUAUUGGUUGGUUUCACACAUAUGGAAUUGUGUUGGGUUAGCAACACCUUGUGUUGCUGUUAAUAAAAUUAAACUUGCAAUGAUUCUCUUUUUAAUGGCUCCCAAUAUGUUGAUAUGCUAAUUACCCCCACCCCCUUAGCCCUGUUGUUAAUUUCUGGAGCCCUUUCUCUUUGUUUCCUGUUGCCUGUUAGAAUUCCCCUUGUGUGGGGCCCCAGUUGAGUUUGAAUAGUUAUGUAAGGAUUUCGUUUUAUUCCUGCUCUCUUCCACUAGUUCAAAUGGAUCGCGGGCUGAGUAAAUGAUAUCAGAUGAAAACGGCGUGCAACUUUUGUUGUAGCAGCCACCCCAGAGAGAAGAGACCUCCCAAAAUGUACAUGGUUUCUUUUUGUUUUACAGACUGUACUGUUUUUCAGGAGUAGUGUUGGGUACCUCCUCUAAUUUAGCACAUAUGCUAGUUUCAGUCAAUAGGACAGAAUAGCUUCUGUGAUUGGUCCUCAAGUACUAGCUGGCUUUUUUGUGUGUGUACUCAUGGCUUUGAGGACCUGAGCUGGGAAAGAAAAUAAGUGCCAGUGCUAUAUAGACUAAAACCUAGGCAUAUUUAAUUGGUUAUGUAAGUGACCCUUCUCAGUCACAGCCAAGUUACAGGAUCUAUAGCUCAAUACAGGUUUGUAGGAUAGAUCGCUAAGUGCUGUUGAUUAGAAUAUCCGAAUACCAUGACGUUGUUUAGUCUGUUUCCUCUCUUUUCUCUGCUACUUUAGCAAAAGGCACCUUAUGAUUUUUUGUGUGAUUAUGGUGCUCCAAGCAGAGAUGAUAAAUUAUUUUCAUUGACUUCAGGCAUUUGGUCUGGGGCUAGAAUAGCUCAUAGUAGUUGACAGUUUGCCAUAUUAUCUUCUGCUGAAGUUACAGAACCAGCUGUUAAAGAAGGUUGUGUUGCAGUCAGCCGUGUACACUGAGCAAAAUGCUCCUUUUGGAUGAGUCUCAGCACUUCCCAGGUAAGACAUGGAAGUCUCCUUUCCAUCUACUUCUCCUCUUCCGUUCAUUUCACAAACAAUUCAUUGUUUUUAGAAAUCGGAUGUGUUCCAGUGGUGUUGUGAGAGAGUGGUUGGAAUAUAAUAUUUUGUAAAACAAUACAUUGAGAUUCAUUAUUUAUUUAGCAGUCAAUAAUUUGGUGGAAGUUGAGUGUCUUGAUUUGCACGAGAGGCUGACUGUAUAAUCUUGAACACUGUAUAAGGCUAUUUACGACUUUUUAAGUCUGAGGAUUCUAGUAAAACAACCAAUUAACUCUUGUAUUUGUUUUGGUAGGAUUAUUAUUUCAUAUUGCAGCCUCUUUGCACUUGUUGCUUUCCUGAGCAAGGAUGUGGCAUAUUUUGCAUGUGUUAUUUAAUGUGUUUUCUCCCUAUCUGAAUCUGCAUACUUCUGCAGUUCUGAGAGUUCUUACCGGUUCUGUAUUUCCUAGGACAGGAUAGUGGAAGUGUAUGUGCAUUAUGUAUGCACACACUGCACUUCUGACAAACUUUUUUGUUCAUCCCUGGAAUUCUGAGAAUUAGGUUUGCCUUCUUACAAAUAGGUUAUAUACAAAAAGUUCUGAAAUUCUGUUAUGAAAAAGUCUUGUUUGAAACAUCACAUUUAGUUGUGUAUGCUCACUGGUAUUUAUUUUGUAACCUUAUCAAUUGUUCCUGUUUACCUUUCUUGUUCAGAAAACUGAUUUCUUCCCAGUAAACUCAUAAAAGAGGAGGUAGGCAUAAAGUACUUUUUUUAAAAAACUCCUUGUAGGAGUGACUUAUAUGGACUUUAUUUUGAAACUGAUAAGAGUAAUCACGUGUAUGUGUAUUUUUGCUGGGUUCUGUUUUAUCUUUCUAUGAAUGGUUUAAAAAAGUACAGACAAUCCAGUGGCGAGAAUGCAACAAAUGUCUAACUGGUUUAUGGGUCCAAGUGGAAAUUGCAAAUUUAAAUUACAAAUUACUAUUUAAGAAGGGAAUGAUACUUUCAGGAGUAAGACAUUUUGAGAUCAGUCUUGAUAAAGGGAAUGAAGAACCUCAGGAUCUAGGAAAUUUAUAAAUGUUGAAGGCCCAUGAUUUCUGGGAAUGAGAAAUCUAAUUAGAUUGUAAAAAAAGAUUAAAACUGGAGCCACUGGAGUACAGUACUAAUUACUGCUGUCUCAUCUUUGCAUAACACAACAGUGUAACAGACCAUGCUGAGCUGCAAGGACUUGACUGAGCAUUUUGUUUUGACUCUGCAGUAAAAAGUAACUUUCGAUUCUGCGGCUUUAUUUUACUGUCUAGCUGAAAAGUUUUUUAGACAAACACACUUUUCAAGAAAAAUUUUCAUGAGCAAAACCCUGAGCAUCCCCUCUAAUGUAUGUAGAAUAAUGAGUUUAGUUUUAAACCAUCUCUUACGUCCAUAUAUGACACUAAAUUUAAACUACAAUGGACUUUUAAAAGUAUUCAUUAAUGUAGUGAUAAAUCAACAUGAAAACAGUGCUCUGUGCUUAAUGAUUUACAUUGAACCAGCUUAUGAAAAUUAUAAUCAAACUAUCUAAUUUGUCUAUGUAUCAUCACAGUGUAAUAAAAAUUGUUGCUUCUUUUGAGGAGGUCUUCUAUUGCCUUACAUGACUAUACCAGGGGUCAGCAACCUUUUUCAGCCGUGGGCCGGUCCACCAUCACUCAGACUAUGUGGGGGCCAGACUAUAUUUUGAAAAAUAAUAAUGAACAAAUUCCUAUGCCUCACAAAUAAACCAGAGAUGCAUUUUAAAUAAAAGCACACAUUCUACUCAUGUGAAAACACCAGGCAGGCCCCACAAAUAACCCAGAGAUGCAUUUUAAAUAAAAGGACACAUUCUACUCCUGUAAAAACACUCUGAUUCCUGGACCAUCCGCGGGCCGGAUUGAGAAGACGAUUGGGCUGUAUCCGGCCCCUGGGCGUUAGGUUGCCUACCCCUGGACUAUACCUUACAGAGCGCUUAUUAACUCCAUUUUAUUAUGUGAAAUCUGCUGUGCAGAUAGGCCAGGUAAUUUGCACAAAGUCGUAAGUCUGGUAGGCUUUGAAUUUGACCUCAGCUCUAUGUCUGCACUGUUCAGUACUUCCAAUAAAUCUUUCCUCAUCACUUGAUUUUAAGAAUCUUUAUUGAUUAAUCAGGUUCACUUUACAGCUUUCAUGAAAUAUAAUCUAUCUAAGUGUUAACACCACGCCUCACUAUCUUCUGCUAUCAAUUUCCUUUUAAAAAGAGGAAUACUUGGCUAUGGUGUCUAGUAGUUUGAACACCCACUAUAUUUUGUGGGACUGCGGUACAGCAGAAUAAGGGAUAUUCAUUUAGUUAGCUGGCCUGGACAACAAAUCUGGUACCUUGCCUGGGGAUCUACAAAUUGUGUUGCAAACUUUCGUUGUUCCACCAUGUGGUGAAGUAGUGAAUUGUUGCCUUAAAUGUUUCUUUGCUGGAAUCAUCCUGAAAUUGCAGACUUUAAAGAAACUCACUUGAUAAAUUAAGAAAAACAUUAUGUUCCUGAUGGAGGCGAGGAGACAGUGCAGAAAAAGACAUGAAUGCCGUUACGGUGUUUAUUUGUUUUUCUGUUGUUGCUUUUUGGAAAAGUAACCCAGGUUGUUUCAAAUACUGUUUUUGUUUUGUUUUGUUUUGUUUUAAACUUGCACAGUGAAAACCUUGAUCUAGGAAAGCAUUCAUUAUUGUUUGACGGGGCGGGGGAUUCUGCUGCUUGUUAUGUUCAUUAUCUUCCUCUGAAAGCUAGUCUUUCUUGCUUAACUUCAGAGGAAUUCUCACUGAUCUUGAAGCAGAAAACGGCAAUUAAGUUAGUUAUUUCUUUCCCUCACUCACUCACUCACUCGCAUCCCCUUGGGAAGCAACCUGUAAAGAAAAGAAGAAAGGGGGAAAGAAAGCUUGAUCUGGUGUUUUUAAUAAAAAGUGGGGUGGGGUGGAAGCGAAGUCAUGGUUCUUCAAACUUAAUGCUGGCUUUGUGGUCUUAAAAGACAUCAGUUGGUCAUAGUGCCUUAGUUUCUCAAACUGUCAGAAGCGUAAAAUGCUAAUGAUAACAUUCAGUGAUAACAUUAACUACAAAUAUUUCAUCAAUCACAAAAACCUCCCUGUUUUCAUCUACCUUUGAGGCAUUGUUUAUCACAACUCUGGCUACAAUUGAAAGGUUAUGCAUGUUAUUUGAAGAUUGUUCCACACAAUAGCAUGUUCCACUGUGGUGGCUCCUGUGUCGUUUUUUGUAGCAGCUCAAAGCUUAAUUACUGGCUACAUUUUUCCACACUGCAAAAACGGCUUACCACAUAGAGUAAUUUAUAGAUGCUUACAUAUGGUGAUUGUAAUGAUAUGCGCUGGACAUGGGUACAUAACAGAGGGACUUAAGUAGCGUGUCCUGAAAGCGUGCCUCCCCACAAAGAAACAUUAUGUGAAUGGUUAACUGCAAAGCUGUAAUAUUGUAAUCUUUGCCCUUAACAAAGAGCAGGAUUCACCUAACAGACAUAUCAGUCUGUACGAUGACUUCUGCUUGCACAAUGGGGCUUUCCCCUCUUUCCCCCCUGUGCCCCCCUGAAUUUUGGGGUUGGGAGAGCCCUCAGAACAGCAAGGGGGAGGGCUGACCAUGCCACCUGGCAAGUUGAUAUGCUUGGGCAGACAGAACAUCAAAUAAAUGGCAGCUUGAAUUCCACCUAAAAACUGCAAGUAGUUUAAAGAAUAAUGCUGGGAUUUAGUGAUUUCGAAGUCAAAUUACCCAAUUUUCUCCAUGAAAAUGUGAAAAUGGGGCACUUGAUAACGGAGGGACUGUUUGAUGUUAUCUUUCACGCAGCUCUCUCAGUUGUCAAGUGUCAGAUUCCUUGGUUUGGGAGCAAAAUGUGAGUGUGCAAUAGAGGGUAUUUUUCCCAUCUUAGUACUGCACAUUUCCAAAGCCACCAAGAGGCCUCUCUUUGCCUUUAACCACCCUGAAAAAUCUAGUAUAAAACAAAUACUAUGACUUGUAACAACUGCCUACUGAAAAUGAAAGCUUAUGUAACCAUUGCAUAAUACAAAAUACCUCCCCCCUCACAAUUCGGUCUCCUUCCUUCAGACCCUGAAUAUUAGUUGAUCUAGAGAAAUAAUAAUAGCAUCUGCACUAAUGCAGCAAAGGAGGCAUCUACAACAUGUGGCUACAGGAGCCAGAAUGUUUCUAGUUUAGGUGCACUAUUUUAGCACUUGGAACAAAUACUCUAUUUGUAGAGGGUAGUAAGCCCCAACUUGAAUGCUUGUGACUUCUAAUAUGAGAGAAGUUGGAAAGUGCUUCAGGCAAAACAGGUCCUUUCAUAGCACUUUGCUCUUUGGGGGGAUGGGGGAAUUAGCCCGGGUAAUUGGAAAACUACCUAACAGCCAGAAAGUACAGUUUCUUAUUCUUCCUGUGUAUCUGAUGAAAGUAAUCACUUGUUGAAAUUCCCUAGCAGAGAAGGCCUUGAAAAAUAUUCUAGGUCACUGUGACCCUAUCUCUGUUAGUAGAGGAGUGAGAUGACUGAAGCAGAAAUGUCAGUUUGCAAAUUAAUUGCUAUAAAUUUGAAAGUGGAAAUUUCCAGACUUCUGGUAUUUAACUGAUGACUUAAUUACCCAAUUCAGACAUGUAUGUGUGACAGGGUUUUAUUUUUUGGGGGGGGGGGGAGAGCUUAGAUUUUAGAUAGUAGUAGGAAAGGUCGUAGUGUUUUUGUUUCUUUUAGUAGGGUAGCGGAAUAAUGUCGUUCUCCCCCCCCAUUUAUCUCUCUCCUGCCACAUGUGGCUUUCAGAUCGCUUUGCAGACAAGUAAUUAACCACACUGCAUUCAAUAAUAUCCCGGAAUGUUUGUGCUGUGGCUGAGAAUAAAAAUUAGUUUUGCAGAUUGUUAAACAUGUUUCCUACUGCUGAGUCAAAAAGGUGUAGUGCUGGCUAAAAACGAUGAGGAUAAUGUUCUCUUCUGUUGCCCUGGUCCAUAUUGUGUAUAUAUGAUUAACACUUAGUAAGAUCAGCUACCUGGUUUCUUCUUUUGGUUUGUGAGUGUUGUUAUUUAGAGACACGUUCAUAAAAGCUUAUAUAAGUGCUCUUUAGUGUUUAUGUAAUUCAGGCCUCUUUACAGCAGCGAGGCCAGAAUAAGAGCUCGUGAGUAUUUGGUGCCUUCGUUGGCUUGCAUAAUCUUGGAGUUAGAAGAUAAAUUGCCUGUCACUGAGGUUGGUCUUUAGAUGUUCCAGAUUUUCUGAGUGUAUGCUGCUGCUGCUGCUGCUUUUUAAAAGUGGGCUUCUUGCAUUUUUUUUGUGUUGCCUCUUCCCCCACCAUCUUACUUUAGCUAUUAUUUCCCCUUGGAUUCAUUCUUGGCUAAGUCUUGGAAAAUGCACAUGCUGCUCUUCCGUGAAGGAAUCAGAGUCAUAAAAAGUAGCAUUAGCAGACAAUGUCUCUGACAGUUGUGGAAGCAAGUGGAAGUCUGACAAGAGUGAGAAUGAAAAUGAGAAGACAAUCAUUGGCAAAAAGGAAAUGAAGUGACAGUGAGAUGAUAAGUGUAGGCAAAAGCAGUGUACAGUGGUACCUCAGGUUAAGAACUUAAUUCGUUCUGGAGGUCCGUUCUUAACCUGAAACUGUUCUUAACCUGAGGUACCACUUUAGCUAAUGGGGCCUCCUGCUGCUGCUGCCCAGCGAUUUCUGUUCUCAUCCUGAAGCCAAGUUCUUAACCCGAGGUACUAUUUCUGGGUUAGUGGCAUCUGUAACCUGAAGCGUCUGUAACCCGAGGCACCACUGUACUCGUUCUGAAUCCUAGAACUCCUUUUCUGUAUGAGGGGUUGUUGAGGAUGGUGCUCUGAUUCCAUGUACAGAGGAGUAAUACAUCUAUCUGGGUCCUAUUGCCUUCUAUGAUACUCAGAAAGAGUAGCUCUGUCAGUGCAUUUGGACUUUGUAGGUGUGUCAUCUUAUGUAAUCAUUAUGUAAUUAGGUCUUUGUUAGGCCUUUCCAGAGUGGGAGGGACCUAAAGCUACUGAACUGCCAGAAGGCUUGAGACUGCUCUUUAAUUAGCUGGCUUGAUAAAAGCUUCAGAGGUUUUCAGACUUGGCACUUCUAAGGUCUGGCACAGGGACGUCUCCCUUCCCAUCCUUAGUGAGAGCUGAAUUUAUCUGAUUAUUUUGUUUGUGCAGAUAGAACCUACAAGAGUCACACUUGCGUUGUUUUCACAUCUUUGGUCAGUAGUGAAUUGGGUUUCUCUUUUCUUCUUGUUUUUGCAAAGAAUUUGUCACUGGAGCAAUUCAAGUUCUCCUAAUUUCUAGUCUGCAUUUUGUUCGAUACAGAGAUUUUCAUACAUUUGCAUAUUGCCGGAGAUGUUGUAGGAAAUGCAUUUUUCUCCUUCUGGUAACCCCCAACUUCUUCAUUUAAUGGUGCAGAGCAAUUUUCCUCUGAUGGCAGCUUCUUUAAACUUAGGGUUCUCAACAGUGAGGUGAGCAGCUUCUAGGGAAAGUUCCUUCCACUUCCUGCACACAUUUUUAUUUUUUGGUUGUGCAGGAGGUUAGAAUGCCUUAUCUCAGUUGGUGUAAUACAGACAACAAAAUACCUCUCUAUUUGUGCUAAUAAAUAUUCUAAAUUCCCUGUUUGGGGCCUGAUUCCUCUCACUGUGGAAUCCCACACUUGAUUGUCUUAAAAUGAAUGCCAUGGUUGCCUCUGCUUUUGCCACUCCUCUUUUUCACUAAUUCAUAUUGGGACACACGUCUGAGUCAGGAGUUGAGUUAUUAUUGAUCCCUGUUUAAGACAUAGUAUGUUACUACCCCUUAUGUGUGUCCAUCCAGUACCUUAGGUACUGUGACAUUUUGGGGCUGCUGUUUUAAAAUAGCUAAUGGUAUUAUAGCCAAAGUGGACUGUGUGAACCAUAGACUAGAAAUCUGUUACACUCAGUGCUCUACCAGCCUAAUUUUUUUUUGUUGGUAUGGAUGUGGACAGGAAUGUUUUUCAAGUGAGAUAUUUAAAGCAGUACUGGAGGGUUAGAAAAGAAGUUGAAAACUCUUUGCAGUUUGAGCUGUUGGCUGUGAAAUUCGUCUCAGGGUGCCCCUGCCAACUGAAGUAUGGCAGGUAGAUACCAGAGACCUUUUCAACAGCGUCCUCCCAGAUAUGGAAUGACCUCCCCAGAGCAUCUUUCCUAGUGCCUGCAUAAUGGACUUUUCAGCAGGACAUGAAGCCCCUUAAAAAAUUUCCCAGGCAUUUUAAUAGGCUUGGCUUUUUUCUUUAGCUCUCAUAUGUUUUGCUUUUUGCUAGAUUUAGUUAGAUUUGUACUGAGCCUGGCUUUAUUCUGUUUAUUGUUAGUGCAAGUUUUUAUUUAUUUUUAAAUGGUUUUUAACUUUUCUUGUUAACCUCCCAGAGGGUGUGGUUGAUUAGGUCUUAUACAAGUGAUGUAAAUAAAUAAUAAACAAAUUUUGAGUUGCAGAGGAUUCUGAGACACACUCCAGAGCAGGGGUGGCAACCUCUGGUCCAUGAGUCUAAUUAGGCCAGGCAUAGGUCACCGUUUGGCUGACAGUGCCAUUUUCCCUAAACCACAACCAUCCACCCCCACACCUGAUGGAAGGGCAAGUAAGGAUAUGGCUACAAAGGAACCACUGGGAGCUUGAAGUUGGUUCCCAAUUUUUCCUUUGCAAGUGGGACUCACUGACAGUGCUUUCAUUGAUAGAGUCUAGAGCAUACCUGGAGUUCACCUGGCACUCUUGGCUUGACCAAUCAAUGUGCUGCAGGAGGGGCUAGUAUUACAUGGUUUGGCCUAUACAAUAGAAUGUAGUAGUAAAAUGUAGUAUAAUGUAGGCUGUGCUACUUUAAACUACAGUCAGCACUAUGUUUAAAUGUUCUUCAAUAUAAAGAACUCCUUAGAAGCAGAAAACAAUUCUCUCUGCCUUCAAGCUUGCAUAUAGCAGUGAGAGAAAUGGCCCAUUUCUUGCUGUUCUAGUUGCAGGGAGCUUUGUGUUAUUUGUUCUGUUUACCUUGAGAAGCUAUUUAAAAAAAAUUGAUUUCCCUGUGCCUGCAAUCUGAAGUAGCAUUCUGUCAUUUCAUUCUUCUGGACAUCUGAACCAACCCUUACCCAGGACCUGUUUUUAGGCAUAAAGCUAAGUAGUUAAAGAUGCACAUAUGCAUCUGACAUGUUGUAUCUGAUCCACUGUCAGGUAGAAGUUGCUUUUGCCCUAAUAAGCAUUCACCCCAGAGAGGGGGAAAUGAUGGAAAAGCAGUAUAUUGGAAAGGACAAAAUGAUGGGAGAUCUAAGUUGGAAAGUUUUGAAGUUUUGAAGUUUGUGUGUGUGUAGAAGUUGUGGCUGCCCAUUGGUUAGGUUAAUAUCACAGAAGGCAGUUGCUCCCUCAUCCCACUCCAGGUGAACAGGAAAUUGGUAGACCAUGGGUAGCGGGGUUGCACAGAAGAGAAGAGAUGUGCAUGUGAGAAGUAGGUACAGUGGUACGUUGGGUUACAAACGCCUCAGGUUACAGACCCCGCUAACCCAGAAAUAGUACAUCGGGUUAAGAACUUUGCUUCAGGGUGAGAACAGAAAUUGUGCGGUGGUGGCAGCGGGAGGCCCCAUUAGCUAAAGUGGUACUUCAGGUUAAGAACAGUUUCAGGUUAAGAACGGACCUCCAGAACGAAUUAAGUACUUAACCCGAGGUACCACUGUAUAGCCUUUUGUUUUUUAUUGUUAUUAUUUUAUCACGGUCGGGAGAAGGGAUCAGAACUACCAAGACAAAUAUUCUACUGGGUCCCAGGGUUUUAUCUAUUUCUGAUUUCUGAAAAUACUCAUUAAAUAAAAUAUGUGAAGGGAAUGUGUGUUAGCUGUAGCUGUCUGCUUCUAAUAUUGGAUUCUUCAGCCCUUCAGAAUUCUGCAUGAACUAUGGCUUUGUUUUUGACUCUGGGGAAGUCAUUGGUUUAAUGACUCAUCCUGCAGAAUAUGGUCAUGUGUGCUGCUAUUGCUGCUUCCUGUUGCCCUAUUUUAUCCAAUCUUUUGAUCUAGUUAUAUAAUUGUGAAUGAAAGGGAAAAGCCAUGGGUGUAAAAUCACUUUGUAUAAUAUUACCAUACUUUUUGACUUAAUAUUACAGAGAAAUGUUAUUUAACAUGGGUAGCAGAGUUCUAGUCUGAUAACUUCCAAGAAAUUAGACUCUCUUCCCAAUACUGGGAUUCCUUGGGGUAAAUGAGUGCAAUCUGUGGGCUUGUUUGUUGUGACAUUUCUGUUGCCACAUGCUUCCCUAAAGGCUGUGUCUGUACUAGAAAAUGUAUCAAGUUCAAGGAAUGACCUAGCUUUUGCUUCCUCUGUAUGUGUUUGUGUGUGUGUGUGUGUGUGUGUGUGAGAGAGAGAGAGAGAGAGAGAAGAGAAGAGAAGAGAAGAGAAGAGAGGAGAGGAGAGGAGAGGUCAGGUUUGGUUCAGCUGCACUUGUUCCUUGUAGGAAUGUAAAAUUAUAGAGCAAAUAGGUGCUGUUUGCACUUAGAUCAUUUCAUUUAAAAUGCUUUGCCAUGAUAUGAAGUGGUUCUGAGUCCUUAGGUACGAUCCAAGAGUCCAAAGCAACCAGCUUUUUGGCUUAUGAAACAGAUUUUCGGCAUGCAGUGAGCCCUUGACAAAUGCAGCUCCACUUUGUCCUGCUAUUUUAACACAUGUCAGUUGUCCACAUGUGACCAUUCAAAUGUAACAUUUAUGGAAGUGGAGCUGCUUCCACAUAGUUUAAGGGUGAGGAACUUUUCUGCCCAGACCUUAGUCUCCCCAAACCCUGGCAGGCCCGAAUUGGCAGGUGGGUGGUCAGUCACUUGAUGUCAUAGUGACACCUGCUCCUUAAACGCACAUUCUUUUGUGUGUUGACUUCCAUGCUGCUUGUUAAACCUCUGAAAACUGGAGUGUUAAAGAGUAAUGCAAGGCUGCUUGGAAAGGGGCUUUCAAGGGGCUGUUCUUUGAACCUCUGGUUCCAUUCAGUGGAAACUGCUUCCUGUUCCUCUCUCCUAUGGCCCAUCAGCUGAUGGAUGGAUGGGAGCAAGCCUUGCUCCAGCAAAGGAACAAAUUGGGAGCUCACUUUAACCUCUGAUUGUUCCUUUGAAGUCCCGCCCUAUUUAGCACCUGACACAUGAUGUUGCGUGGCUUCCCAGAAAUGGCUUAGCAGGCCAUGCUUGAUCCACAGACCAGAGGUUCCCCACUCCUGACAUAGUCCAACUCCACACCAUUCCAGCAGUAUGUGUUUAUAAAAUAAAGAAAAAGGAAGAAAAAAACCUCAGCAGGCAGGAUAUCAUGGUUAUUUAAGAGGUAACUGUGGCAUAGUAAUUACGUCAGUUCCCAUGUGUAGUGUUGUAUGUAUUUAUAUACAUACAAACAACACACACACGCAUAGGUACAUAUGUAUCAUUUUGCUCAAGUGGCAUUGGACCAUGUGGAAGCUGUCAGAAAUGUCUAACCUAUUGCCAGAACUCAAUUUCUUUUGUGAGUGAGGGUGUCUACAAAAUAAGUUUGGAAACUUGGGGUUUUCAGCAUCUUAAGGACUGAUAAAGAUCAAGAAGUUACUUGACUUCUUGGUUUGAAUUAGCACAUGUGGAAGGAAGGAAAGAAAGAGAAAGAAAGAGAGAGUUGAUUUUGUACAACUUACUCUAACUUUCUUUGUUUCAGACCAGUCCCAUGAAGCGGUGUUUGGCAGUGAUCAUCUUCAACAUGGUGAAGAUGGGGAAUGGCAACGCUCUACUUCAACUACCUCAUCUCAGAGUGAACAGGCAGAGAAACUGUUGCAGAAUCAGCACAAGAGCCUGGCCUCUGAGGACACCAAAAAGAAGAGGGCUCAGAAACCUUCUCACAUGAGGAGGAACAUAAGGUGAACAGCAUUUUUAAAAAAUGUGUACAGGAUUUGAGUAAUAAUUAACUGAUUGUCAUUAUCAGUGUUGUUUAUUACUGUCCCUUGAACCCAAUUUAGGAGGGUGUGUUCAAGAGCUGUAGACAUAUUCUAAAAUGGAAAUGAAAUGAUACUACUGAAGGGGAAGAUCGCAGGUUUGGUGGUUAUUACAAGGAAAAUAUUGAAAGGAAAAUUUAGAAGGCAUAUAGAUAAAGUGAUCAUUGAUGAUCGAUUCCUUGAGAAUGUUCUUGCAGAAUCCCAUGAAAGAGUGGCAUAAUCUGAUACUCUUUCCUUUGAACCAACAGCACUUUUGGAGCUUUAAUUAGCAUUACAUGCUUUUAAAAAUUAUUUUGAGAUCCCUUUUUUCCGGAAGGUGUGUUAUCCACAGCAAUAUACAGUGGUACCUUGGUUCCCAAACUUAAUCCGUUGGGAAGUCUUUUCCAAAACCAAAGCGUUCUAAAACGAAGGUGUGCUUUCCCAUAGAAAGUAAUGCAAAAUGGAUUAAUCCAUUCCAGACUUUUAAAAACAACCCCUAAAACAGCAAUUUAACAUGAAUUUUACUAUCUGACCAUUGAUCCAUAAAAUGAAAGCAAUGAUCAAUGUACUGUACUAUAAAAUAAAUAAGACAGUAUUGUAGAGGAUAAAAAUUAAAAUUAUUAUUUUUUCUUACAUGCACUGAUGAUAGUCAUUGUUUGGAUGGGGGAGCUUUUAUCCAUUUCUGCAGUCCUACAAUCAAUCAGUAGCUGAACUGGGUUUCAAACAGUCACAAAAACAAGCCACAGUCACAAGUCACUCCCAUAAAACAAAGAACAAGUCACUGUCAAAAAAACGAAAAAGCCACAAAAACGCAAAAAAUAGCAAAAACAAAAGCUGUUUCGCUUUGAACAGCUCACAAAAGGCAAAGUUCACAAAUCAGAACACCUACUUCCGGGUUUACAGUGUUCUAUUUCCAAGUUGUUCAUAAACUAAGCUGUUCUAAAACCAAGUGCCAAUGUAAUAAUCUUGAUAGUAGAGAGCAUUAGGACUGUGGCCCAUAUCUGGUAAUACCAAAAUUUCCCUCUGCCUUUUCUUCUGGAAUGACAAGCUCAUAGAUGAGUUACCAGGCCAGCAAAAGUAUGUAGCUAUAUAGACCAAUUACACCACAUAGGUCCUAAGCUACUUCUCUCUGUUUUAGAUAACUUUAUUUAUAGCAAAGGGAUCUCCCCCCUCCCCGUUUAGCAGUGUGCCCCCUGUGAAGCCAUGCCAUACUUCAAAUGUCAAACCACUUGGGGUAUUUAUAUUAGCCUUUUAUUUUUAAAACAAAAUGUUUUCUACCUCUUUGCAACUUGAAGACAUGUGAAUGUGACCCAUUUCCUGUAUAUUCUAACUUGCAUGCAUACUUUGCUUCAAGACGCUGUAGUACAGCACAUACUUACCAGCAACUUAUUUCCCCCAACCUUUCAAUUAAAACUUUCAGAAUCAGAUAUAUUAAUCUCUUCAGUGCCAGCCCCUUCCUAGUAUAAAAUUAAACACUUGCCCUGCAGCUGUAAGCGAAUUGUCUCUAUUGAAAUAGAGACACCUGUGGUGUUCUUGGGCCUUCCUGUAACUUUCCUUCUGAAAAAGCUGUGCACCAGCUGUUGUUUUUAAUUCCAGUUGGCAAAACGAAGCUAACAGAAGCUGCAUAGGGAAACUUUGUUUUGGAGUAAUAUGUUCUCUGUUUGUGCAUUCAGGAAGCUACUGCGGGAGGACCAGUUGGAAGCUGUGACAAAAGCAGCCCAGCAGGAGGAGUUGGAAAGAAGGAAGCGACUUGAGCAGCAAAGGAAGGAGUAUCAAGCCAGCAUCCCCACAGUACCCUUAGAGUUUCUCCCAGGUAAACAGUGAUGAUGGUGACUACUUCUGAACUAAAAACCUACCUGAGGACAAGUUCUAUCGUCAGUCCUCCCCACAGGCUAAACUUGCUAAACUUCCAAAGAAGGCUUAGAUAAACUCUUUGCAUUUAUAUCUCAACUUCCUUCCAAGGCAAUUACAGUGUGGCAUACAUGGUUUCUACCCCCCUCCCUUUAUCCUCACCCUGUGAACAUAGGCUUGGCUGGCCUUCGAACACCCAUUGUGCUUGAUGGCUGAAUUUGAAUCUAGGUCACCUUAGUCCUAGGGAUGUGGGUGGCGCUGUGGUCUAAACCACUGAGCCUCUUGGGCUUGUCGAUUGGAAGGUUGGCGGAAGGGGUGAGCUCCUGUUGCUCCAUCCCAGUUUCUGCCAACCUAGCAGUUUGAAACCAUGCUAGUGCAAGUAGAUAAAUAGGUAUCGCUGUGGCAGGAAGGUAAACAGCAUUUCUGUGCUCUCUGGCUUCCAUCACGGUGUUCCGUUGUGCCAGAAGCAGUUUCGUCAUGCUGGCCACCUGACCCAGAAAGCUGUCUGUGGACCAGUACUGGCUUCCUCAGCCUUGACUCCAUAGUCAAGUUUGACUGGACUUAACUGUCCAGGGGUCCUUUAUCUUUUUACCUUUUUUACUUUGAUAUUUUAACCCCUGCACAAGUACUGUGGGAAUGGCUGCAGUACAUCAUUCCUUGUGGUUUCUUAGUGUGGUUGUAUACCUGUCAAAUGUUAUACAACUAUUUUUCAUGUUAAGUAAGGCUUACUGUUAAUAAAAGAUGGGCUCAUUACCAUCAUCUUUAAUGUAAGUGAAUUUGUAAUCUCUGUGGUCAAAGUAAUGACCUGUGGUACCAUCUAAUGCAGAGCUAUUCAGAGUGAGUUCAGGUUAUGCUGAGAAGAAGGAAAGAGCGGUAAAGUAAUUAACAUUCUUUUUUGUUUACUACUUCUUAAGAUUUUAACAGUUGAAAAAUAAGAGGCUUUUUAUGCAAUUGCCUGUUCUUGUUCUUAAAUAAUGGCUUAAUGUUGUUUUUAAGGCCACAGUACUUUGCACACUUACCUGGGAGUAAGCACCAUAGAAUAUUUUGAGUAACCAUACUUAGAAUUUUACCUUUUAAAAAAGGUUUUCUGGAAUUGCAGAAAAACAUUUUAUUCAGUCUUUUUUUAAAAAAACAACAAUAUUAAGUGAUCUACCUAUAAGUUAAACAAAACAGUGUUAAUUUCAGAACAAAUUUGUAUAUCAGAUCUAAUUUGGGUAAGCAAAAACAAACAAACAGUUAAGUCAGUAGUGUUUAGGUAAGUAAAUGAGGUGGGUGUUUUUUGUUUCAUUUCCUCACUCUGGGUUGUUUAGCAUUAUUUAUUAUUGUUUACUGUUUUGGUUUAGAGGAGAUUGCUUUAAGAACUGCAGAGGUUGCUCAGCUUUCCCCUCAAGUAUUAUCUGAAGACGUCAUCUGCUUAGACAGCACCAGCAGUGGCAGUGAGGAUGACUCCAAAGGAAGACUCCAUAGCAUUAAAGAUGGUAAAAACAGAUAGUAAUCACUUGACAUUCUCUCACUGUGCCCUACAACAGUUUUGUAUCCCCUGUCUCCAUGCAGCCCCAGCCCCACCUCUAAUCCUGUUCCAGAGAGUCUCCCAGCCCUCUAAAAAGCUGGGGGGGGGGGUGUGAGGACACUGAGAAGGGGGAAUUGGUGAAUAUCCCUCAUCCCCUCAAGCAGAGCUCUCUGUAAAUAGAGUGCCACCCAUGGGUAGUUUGAAUCCAGUCUAGUUUAUAGAUGAAUAUAUUUAAUAUAUUAUAGAGUUGAUAGUUGCAUAAUGUAUGUGGGUUUAUAUUUAUUUGCAUAAGCAACUAGUCAUUGCAAUUUGUGUACAAAAAUGCAAACAUGAACACAAUUUAACAGGUAAAAUUUCCAUAGUAAAUUUAAAAGCACCAGCCAUUGCAAUUUGUUUAUAAAGUACAAAUAUAUAUAAACACAAAUGGAAUAGGUAAGAUUUCUAAACCAUAUUAAAAAUUAUACAAUUGAAAACUCUGCUUAGUUGUGGCGCAUAUCUUAAUGUCAUAUGAUAGAAAUUUUGCUGUCACUAGCUGAAAUUAAACAAGAGCCAAAAGUUAAAGAUUCUGAUCCAGGCCUGUGUGACAGUAGAGAGGGCAUCAACUUCAAAUUGCACAGCAUCACAAUAUAUCAGUGAAUAAAUUGAUUUGUAGAUGGAUAUUUGUUUCUGAUUUUUGCAUCUGUAAAAUCACUGACAUGAAAAUUAUGCUCUGUCUUUUACUUGAUCUCUCCACGUACUCUGCAAUUAUUUAAUGAAAGCAGUGCUCAUGUGUCUUCAUUUUCUUUUUCUCUCAUUUCUCUCGCUCUCUAGUUGAAAAUAGAGCAAAAUGAAAGAAUUGCAAGAUAGUUUAAUAUUCAGUUACUGGAUAUGCCGGCACUAAGUUUGUCAGCGUGAUUAGUUACAUUUUUUUAACCUUCGUAAUUUAUUACUUUGCUUAGUUUUCUACCGUAGAGAGAAGAGGAAAUGAAAGCACAGGAAUUGAUAGUUCAAUAUGAACAUUACAAUUGAGAUAAAAAUACGAUGGAGGUGCUAAUCUCCCAUGUCUGGUUGUCUUACAGAAGUGAUAGAAUUAAGUUCAGGAGAAGAUGAAUCCCUUCAGAUUGUAGACAGCAGUGACUCUGGCAAUGAAGGGGAUGAAGAUGCUUCUGAAGAGAGCAGUGGCGCUCACGUGAACGAUGCUCUAAACCAGUUAGAUGCUUCAGGACAAGUAAUUGUCAACAUCAACCAUCCACCAAAUGAAGAAGACAUUUACCUGGCUCCUCAACUUGCACGAGCUGUAAAACCACACCAGGUACUGGAGAUCUUCAGUCUGGACAUAAAAAGGACUUCAGCAACUUUCUUUUCAGAAGCUGUACUUUGGUGUAACAUGCACUGAUAAAUCUCAGCCCUUGUAGUGUUGCAUAUGUAUGUGACAAAAUGCAUAUCCAGCCUAGCAGUUUGUUGCGUUCCCACCCAUAAUCUCUUUGGCAUUGUUUGUUACUCUUUCUAGAUUGGUGGCAUCCGCUUCCUGUACGAUAAUCUGGUGGAAUCCUUGGAAAGAUUUAAAACCAGCAGUGGGUUUGGCUGUAUCUUAGCUCAUAGCAUGGGGCUGGGCAAGACCCUCCAGGUCAUCUCUUUUUUGGAUGUACUUUUCCGGCACAUUGAGGCGAAGACUGUCUUGGCCAUUGUACCCGUAAGUAGACUGGGCAGAAGAGUGUGUUGGUUCUGUUUGUGUGGGUGUUGGAGGGAGGAGGAAGGGCCCUUCAAAACUGAGAGCAAUCUCUGAUGUCUCUUGGCUUCCAUUUCCCACCACUUAAUUAUACCCAUUUUAGGAUUACAUAGAGAGGCUCAGUUCUUGCACUGAGGAGCAGAAGCAAGAGAUACUAUGUGGUCUUCCUUAGCUGUCCCCUCCCCCUUUACCGCCACAACUCACUCUCUCUCUCUCUGUCUCUUUCUCUUUCUCUCUUACACACACACACUCUUACUUGAGAAGGCUUGUAUUUGUUACAUCCUUUAAAAACCAGUUGAGUGUUACAUGUGAAUAAAUACUUGCAUGAACUUGAACCUGAAAAGCUGGUUUUGUCCUUGAAUGCUCAGUGUUCUGUAGUCUUCGCUUCAGAAUCCUAACUGGUGUGUCUCAUACUUCCCAUCACCCUCUUUUCUUACAGGUAAACACUCUUCAAAACUGGCUAGCAGAGUUCAACAUGUGGCUUCCAGCACCAGAAGCCCUUCCUGCUGACUAUGAUCCAAAAGAAAUUCAGCCUCGUACCUUCAAAGUCCAUAUCUUGAAUGAUGAACACAAGUAAGUGCAAUUAAUACCCUUACACAGGUGUUGUGUAGAGCUGUUGCUGCUGUUUAUACCCUGCCUUUUGGCCCUUGAAGGUCCUCAAAGCAGCUUGUAUAAGUGAACAAAACUUCUUAAAUAAACCUUCGUAUGCAAAAUGGCUGAUAAAAAUUAAUAUAACAGUAAAUAUAACAGGUAAAAUCAGAAAAGCACCUUUCAUUAAACCAUCACCAUAGGGCUUAUGGGCACAUUAUUUUAGUUAACAUAAUGUAUAUUUCGCUUGACUGUAGUAAAACUUCUAAGCAGCUUACAAGAAAAUUUUUAAUUAUCAAUAGCAAAGUUAAAAAUAAGUAAUUAAAACCAUUUAAAAGAUGAUGAAAUUUAAUAUUGGACUAAAAAGAGAUUAAAACACAUCAACAUCUGUGUGUUCAGAUAGGCAUUUCUAAACAAAAUGUUUUAAGCAGGCACUGAAAAGAGUACAGUGAAGGUGCCUGUCUGAAGUCAGUAGACAGGGAGUUACAAAAUGUAGGUGCCACACAUUACAGGGGACCCUCUGGAUACGUAACUUUCAGGUUAUGAAUGCAGCAAACCUGGAAGUAUAUUCUUCCGGGUUUCGCCACGCGCGCAUGUGCAGAAGCGGCGCCUCUGGUUACGGAUUUUUUGGGGUGCGCACAGACCCCCCGAACGAAUUAAAUCUGUAACCAGAGGGUCCACUGUACUCUUAAAUGUUUUCCAAAACUGUGCUGUCUUGACUUGCCUCCUGAAAGCUGAAACUGAUUGGCUUUAUGGGAACUUCCUUGGAUGAUCUUAGUAUACAGAGAGAAAAUGAUUCCACAGAUAUCCUGCACCAGCAACUUUAUGCAAACAUAAAUUAAUUGGAAGACAUUAAUGUUCUUGAGCACGAGUGCCAUAUGUUCAUGGAGACAAAUCCUGGCCAAUAGUUGCUCUUCAUCGGCCAUAUUUUGACCCAGCUUCCAAAAUUUUGCAUAGCAUUUUAAACUGCAUGGACCUGUUGGCAUAAAACAGUUCUAUGGCAGUUAUCUUAUGGAAUAAACACUAUAAUUUGCUCCCUACUGUAAAAUAAUUUUCCUGAUUGUUCAGAUCCUGAAUAUCUGUUGCAAUCAUCUCAAUUCUAGCAGAACAAUUCCUCAUUUGUAGUAUAUACUCACUGUUUUCUGAUCCUAAUAAAUGCUUUCUUGUCCCAAACUGUACCAUUAGCUUAUCUAAAGGAGUUGCAGGCAGGCUGGGCUGUGCAAAUUGUUUCCUCACCCUUCCUAUGGCACUUUGAAUGGCAUCAAGAAGCAACAGACUAAGCCACAACCAGUCUCCAGUUUGUGCAGCAGAAAAAGUAAAUUGUCCCACCCUGUGAGUGGCUGUCAGUGGCAGGGAAAAACAGGUCAUCCUUUAAUUUUUCUGAAAUGGCUGUUGUUGUUUGUAUGAUUAGGGUCCAUGCCUUAAGCCCAAUAUGAACAUAUAGCUUUGCCCUCUUUCUUUAGCAUUGGUUUGGCCUUGCCUCCCGAAUACUACCUAUAGCAAACAGAACUGUCGGUGAACUUUCUCACUGUUUAUUUAUGAAACUUCAGGAUGCUUAAGUGAUGUUGGGACUCACAUUUGAGAGCCACUGCUUUACAUGCUUUCAGCACACACCUGUCUUUUGUUGAAUUCACCUGUUUCAGAAGCACCAGCACAGUUUUCCUUCUUAUUGGUACGUUUUAUUUUGCUUUUCUCUACAGGACCACAGCAGCUCGUGCCAAAGUGGUAACUGAUUGGGUGACUGAUGGUGGCGUGUUGCUGAUGGGUUAUGAGAUGUAUCGUCUCCUUUCAUUGAAGAAAUCCUUUGCCACAGGCAGAAGGAAAAAAAGCAAAAAGCAGACUGGCCCUGUCAUUAUAGAUUUGGAUGAAGAGGAUCGUCAGCAGGAGCUUUUAAAAGGUUCAGAGGCUUUUGUCUUUUAAAACUCUUAAUUUUACUUCCAUUUUAAGAGAUGCAGUCCUUAGAUAGUUAUUUUUACUAAUAUGUGGACACAGGAAAAUUAUUAACCAAAAAUUGUUUAGAAACAGAGGCCCUAUUAUAUUUAUCUCUAACAUGGAUUGAAUGGACAUGUGUUCUGUGAAGUGUCUCACUGGGAAUUUUAAAUCAUCGCCUAAGCCGCUGAAGAAGGUUUCAGUGUCCUUCUGUCACCAGUGUCAUCCGUCAGAUUGGAAUGGCUAUCACUACAGUCCAUUCAUGUUUUCUGACCCACACAUUUUCCUUUACUGGAUUUUCCACAUUUUUUUGCAUUAAAUCAAGAAUUGUGAACAACAGCUUCCUGUGUUGCUUUCUUUCAUUCAGGAAUCGAGAAAGCUUUGUCCCGCCCUGGGCCAGAUGUGGUCAUCUGUGAUGAGGGACAUCGGAUAAAGAAUUGCCACGCUAGCACCUCUCAGGCCUUGAAGAGCAUCCGAUCUCGGCGACGGGUGGUACUCACUGGCUACCCUCUGCAGAACAACCUAAUUGAGUAUUGGUGCAUGGUGGACUUUGUCCGUCCUGACUUCCUUGGUACCCGGCAGGAGUUCAGUAACAUGUUUGAGCGCCCCAUCCUGAAUGGACAGUGUAUCGAUAGCACCCCUCAGGAUGUUCGCCUCAUGAGGUAUCGCAGUCACGUCCUGCACAGCCUGCUGGAGGGCUUUGUACAAAGGUGAGUCCACAUCAGAUUGCCAGCACCUUAGGUUUUCCCCCCAACAAUUCUUUUGAGCCUUGUGCUGAGACACAUUGUUGAGUACUGCAAGUCACUUCAGUAAAUUGGACUUUUGGAUCUGAAAAAAGAAACCUAUCAUGUUAGGGAAGCUUUUAAUGUUUAAUAGAUUAUUGUAUUUUAAUAUUCUGUUGGAAGCUGCCCGGAUGGGUGGGGUAGAAAUUAUUAUUAUUAUUAUUAUUAUUAUUAUUAUUAUUAUUAUAUCUGCUGGGUCGGAACCUACCAUCAUCAGAGAAAUGAUGCUAUGUCAGAGUUAGAAACAAAUUAUUUUGAAGGUUGACCAUUGCUUUUUGAGUUGGCAUUUUGUCAAAUUGUUGAAUUUCAUUUGUGAGUUGAGACAUGAUUCUUGAGGUUUCCACGUUUAAGUUUUAUGUAAUAAGGUGCAAUGUGCCACACAUGGAAGGCUGCUCCAGCAAUCUCAUUUUGACGUACAUGCUAUUAAAUCUAAGUGCAAUGUUGUGAAUAGCAGCCUGCUUGUGUAACAUUUUCCAUCCAAGCCUAUGAACGUAAUUUACAAAGAUCUGACAGUUGCAAGUUCAGUUUGAGUUGUAUAUUGCUAUAGAUUAAAUAUUUACUCAAAUUUCCAAUUGGGAAGUUAUACUUCCUUGGUAACAAACCCAGAGGCACGGCUCAAAUCUUGGAGUGGCCUAGAAAAACAAUUGCCCACUUCCAUCAAUGAGCUUAAACAACAAAGCAUCUUGUGGUUCCCUCGAGAAGUACAAAUUUAUUAUGGCAUAAGCUUUUAUGGCAUACCGUCUAUUGCAGUUGUAGUCCGUGAAUGCUUAUUUCAGGGGUGGCUCAUCCUUUUUGAGCGUAGGAUUGACCCAUGCUGCAUGUCAAAAUGGAUGUGACCAAAGAGUAAAAGUGGCAAUGGUCAAUAAAAAUAAAGAUUUUUAAAAAAAUAACAUUUUUGUUUGUGAGGGUGUGUGUCAACACCCCCUUUUUGCAUUAUAGAAUCACAGCAGGGAACUUGCUGGAAUGUUCAGCAUUUUUUAAAAAUUAGAAAUUGUGGCGGGAGCUUGAAGGGACACAAAUGACCCUUUUGGCAGCAGCACAAUACAACAGGGGACCUACGGGAGCAAUCAUGAUCAUGAUCAUUAUAAUAUAAUAUAAUAUAAUAUACACAUUUUAAAAUAAUUCUUAUUUUUUAAAAAGUGGAGGGGACUUCUGGCAUCAUGACAUCGCAGUAAGAAAUACAUAGGAACAGGCAAUAUUUUUUAAAAAGCUAAUUAAAACAUUUUCUUAAAAUGACAAAUUUGGGAGGGCACUUCGGGCAACAGAGAAGCUUUCUGGGAGGAGGGGGGCAGGUACAGUGCCUAGGCUAGGAACCCCCAGCUUCUACCAUGAUGAAUUUUGAAGGCUUUGUGAUGCCACAGGACUCUAAAUAACCUAAGAAAGGCUCUGCUGGAUCAGGCCAGUGGCCCAUCUAGUCCAGCACCCUGUUCUCACAGUGGCCAACCAGACACCUGUGGGAAACCAGGGAGCAGAACCUGAACGCAACAGUGCUUUCUCCACUUGCGAUUCCCAGCCACUGGUAUUCAGAGGCAUAUUAUCUCCCAGCAGUGGAAGUACAGCAUUGCGGCAAGUAGAGACUUAACAUGGGUAACCCACCUGGAAAUUACAAGUAUGUUUCUCAUGCUUGAAAUCCUGUCAUUAUCGUUAAUAAAUCACACACAAAGUUAGGUGAUCUGUGCUUUCCCUCCUCAGGAGCAUAACAGGAAAGUCACAUUUUGUCCUUAGGUUCACUGCAGAGAUUCCAGACUGAGCACUCCCUCUCCUGACCUUCUUUUUCUUGGCUGAUUUUGUAGGCGAGGGCACAAUGUCCUGAAAGUUCAGCUUCCCUACAAGGAAGAGCAUGUCAUCUUAGUGCGUUUGUCAAAGAUCCAGCGGGCUCUUUACACUGAGUUCAUGAACCGGUUUCGUGAUGCAGGCAACAGUGGCUGGCUGGGUCUGAAUCCACUCAAGGCUUUCUGUGUCUGUUGCAAGGUAUGUCUAAAUCUGAAAGAGAUGGAUGGUUUGUGUGGAGUCCAUGGAAAGGGCAGGAAAUCCAUACAGAUGUAUUGGUGUUCUAUAGCAUUGUGGUGAUACUGAAUAGCACAGCUGUCCUCUUUUAAGACCAAGCUCCUACUGGGAAGUACGGAACAUUUCCUGAGUGAGAAUGAUUUGUGUUACGGUGGUUUGGCUUGAAGUAUCUUGAUUAUAGUUCUUUGUCUGACCACAGACUAAUUAGUAGCAUGAGAAGAUGUUGGACACACUUCCUUUCGAGAAGCUCAGUGGUCAAGCAUCUUGCUUUGCAAGCAGAAGAUCCCAGGCUGCCAUCUCUUUGGUGGCAUGGAGUUUUCGUGGAAUUGCUGUUUCCCAUUCUCAGCCCCUUGAUUAGAGCAACAUAUGGCUAGAAAUAAAUUAAAUAGUCACCACCUAGACAUUAAUAAAUGGAAUUUCUGAAGUAUUUUAGGCUAAAUAGUUGCAAAGUAACCUGCCCUCUCCUUUCAGAUCUGGAAUCACCCUGACGUGCUAUAUGAAGCAUUACAAAAAGAGAAUUUGGCCAAUGAGCAGGACCUGGAUGUGGAUGACCUUGGCACGGCCGGUACCAAUUCACGCUGCCAGUCACAGGGAAUGAAAGUCAAAACGGAGAACAAUGCUUUGGCAUCACCAAUUGGGGAAGCGACCAACAGCAAAUACAUUCAGGGCAUUGGCUUCAAUCCCUUUCAGGAAAGAGCCAAUCAGGUUGUAACGUAUGAGUGGGUGAGUACCAGCAUCAAAACUUCCAGUGUGACUGAUUCCUCCCUCCCUUUUCCUCAAGCAUAAAGAAGGAUUCUAAGGUUGAGACAGGCUUUUUUUGGAUACUGCGCACUGUUUGGUUCUGGUAAUUUUGCCAGUGUUUCCUGGAAUAAUCGGCCAAUGUGCUGCUUCUCAAAUGCUUAAUUCAAUCCAAUAUGUACUUGGAUCUGAAAUCAUACAUAACAGUAUACAUGCGUCUGUCUGUCCCUGCUGUGAGUCACCACUUUAGUUGGGGUGUCUCAUGCUAAUAAUCCCCAGGUAUGAAAGACAGGGUGGAUAUUAAAUUAUCUGUCAAGGGAUCAAUUAUUAUGUUUUGCCUCUUUUCGACUGACAUGUGACAUAAUGUUGUGUGAAAGAUUUGUUUCUGAAUAGAAAGUGUGUUUUUCACAUGUCUUUUACACCCAUUACCUUGGUUUGUGAUCAUGUUUAGGAAGUUAGGGACUUUUAAGUAGUGAAUUGGUGAACUGGGAUACAGCAGCAAACUCUGUUCACGAUGGUACUGAAUGUUCCUGUUUUACCCACAGGCGAAAGACAUCCUUUGUGAUUACCAGACAGGAGUUUUGCAAAAUUCCCCUAAGAUGGUGUUGCUGUUUCAUCUUGUGGACGAGAGUGUGAAACUUGGAGACAAAUUAUUAGUCUUCAGGUACGGGGCAAUUACAGUACUUUAGAUCUUGUUCCUGCUGUAGAGUCUUGCUAAAUGUGACUAAAUACUAUUGACUCCAACCCAGCUGUUUAUAAAAAACAGACCUUAAAGCAGGUUUCUCAGUAAUCCUGGGCAACAAAGUCCACUGUAGAACACAAUUAGCUUCUCUGUGUAUGUUUUCUUCACAAUUUCAUGGCGGCCAGUGAAGAAUGCUUGGAAAUUACAGCGCACUGGCCAUUCUGGGGCCUAGGAAAUUGACCACAUUACUGCUGUCCUUUAAAGAGCUAUGCUUGUUGUCACUUGGUUUUGAGGCAUAAUUCGAUGUGCUGAUGUUAACAUUUACAUCCCUAAAUCACCUAUGCCUAGUUAUUUGUUAGAAACACCAUUCUCAUAUCUCCCUCCCAGUGUUCCAAGGAGGCCCUAUUGCAAAAGCUCUUGAUGUCUGAAGUAUAAUGGGCCUUCUCGGUUGUGGCAUCCCAUCCAUCCCAUCCUUUAUCCAGGGAUUCCUGCUUUUUUAAUGUUUUUCAUAAAAUGAUGAAGCUUCUCUUCUGACGUUCAACCAGCUUGUUAGAUUUUGGGUAUUAAGAUUUAGAUUCAAGUAUGUUUCGGUCGUUCUGCAGAAUAAUUGUAAUACUGAUUUUAUUGUAAGCUGCCUUUGACCAAAAAGAGAAGUAUUUAAUGUAAAUCUGCUUUUUGAUAUGGCAAAUCCAUUGGGUUGGAUCCAGGCUCAGUUAUUCCUAGAGAUGACUCCCUUGAACUUGUUAGCCAACUAUGGCUGCAGUCCUAACCCCACUUGCCCUUGGAAUAAGUCCCUGCAGUAUUCAGCAGAACUUAUUUCUGAGUAGACUUUGUUAGGAUUGUGCUGAAAGUCUGAAUCCAUCCAUUGUUUGUUCUGUCCUCAAUUGAUAGCAUAACAUUUUCUAUUUUCAUCAUUCUUUCAAAUAUAUUUAAAAAAUAAAGAGCCUUGGAUUCCUGCCUGUGCCUCAUGCAUGUGUUGCAGAUGAGAAGUGUGUUAAAUUAUGUGAAAUAGAACAUUGUGUAUUGUAAGGUGCCAGUGCAGACUAGCUUUUGCACUUGUAAAUAGGAUCUCCUUUUUUCUAUUCAAAUUAUACUGUGGAUUUUUAAAAAUCUUUCAUUUGCCCUUCUGAGUGGAGUUCUUUGUCUCUUGCAGCCAAAGCCUUUCCACGUUGUCUGUCAUUGAGGAUUUCUUGGCAAAGAGACCAGUGCCUUCUCUCCCAGGCUUGGAAUCACAAGGAAUCCAUAAUUGGGUCCGAAAUGUGAAUUAUUAUCGUAAGUACAGCAUGUCCUUCCAUCAUCUGGAGUACUAAUUGUUUACAGCUGGGCUGAUCUUCCUGAAAAUGUAUCCAUUUUCUCUAGUUUGUCUGCAACCUUUUCUGUUGUUUCCCAUGGAGAUGUGCAUGGAUCCACCUUCAUUUUCAGACAAAUUGCUUUCAGGCAUUUGUUUGGUUUUGGAUAGAAGUAGUUUAUUUUGAUGCUUGAGCAUUUCCCCCCCUCCUAUGUCAGUGUCACAUGGAUAUUAUCAAACAAGCAAAACCUUACAGUUACCCAUAAUUGUUUUAUUUUAAUGGAUGUUGUGGGAUUUUUAUUUUUAUUUAAAAACACACAUUUUGUAUUCAUUUUCCACUGGGUAGGUCUGGAUGGUAGUACUUCAGCCUCCGAGAGGGAGCGGCUGAUAAACCAGUUCAACGACCCCAGCAACACUUCGGUUUCACUCUUCCUUCUUUCCACACGGUAAGUUGCGUCUAAUGAGGUAUUUGCCACCAAGAAUCCUUGGCAUUUUAUCCAGUUGAAAGGAUGGCCUUAAGACCUUUUAGAAACAUGUGGAGGUCUGCACUAAUCAUUCCAUAGUUAUCUUCAGAAGUUACUGCUAACAUCCGAUUAAAAUUUUACACCAGGGUUUUGAGCAAAAGCAACAGCCCCCACAUAAGAUAUGAUUCCCAGGCAGAAUAGAGUGUGUGUGUGUGACCUCCUUCUCUGCAAGGGGACAUUUACCAGCAGCAGCUCUGCAGGGAGCAUCCUGGAUGACUUACGUUUUGAUAGUUUGAUCGGGAUAUUUAUUAAUGAUUUUUGUAUCAUUGUAACUUGUAAGCUGCAUUAGAAAGAUUUGCAUCCUGUAUAGGAAAAAUAUAUAAUUUAUUUAGGAGACCACUGUAAGCAGAUGAAAACAUUAGCAGGGUUUAAAUAACACUUGUAAACGAGUACUAUGGACAGAUUUAAAAUAUGAGUUAUGAAACAAUAUGCAGUUGAAAAUGUUGACAGUAAGACCCAAGGAGGGGAUGGAGGGAAGUCUAGAGAUUUAGAGAAAUUUCUCAAUGUUGAUAUUUAUUUGGUAUUGUUAUAACUCUACACUUGUAAAAUCAAAUAAAAUUAUUUUCAAAAAGAAGAAGAAAGAUUUGCAUCCUGAAAUGCAGGAUAUAAAUAAUGGUAACAAAUGAAUGAAUAUUUUAUAUAUUUUUAGAGCUGGAUGUUUGGGUGUGAAUCUGAUCGGUGCAAACAGGGUGAUAGUAUUUGAUGCCUCCUGGAAUCCAUGCCAUGAUGCCCAGGCAGUAUGUCGGGUGUAUCGUUAUGGGCAGAAGAAGCCUUGCCACAUCUAUCGAUUAGUUUCCGAUUACACCCUGGAGAAGAAAAUAUAUGACCGCCAGAUCUCCAAACAAGGGAUGUCAGGUGGGUCAAAUCUUCACAUGUCUCCACCAAAUCACAUCUGUCUUUUAGCCUCUGAAAUGGGUUCUCGGUUGCUUCCUGGUUUUCUUGUGUUUGCAAGUGCGUGCCCUUACGUAUGUCACCACUCAAGGAAUGUUAUUGGAGGUCUAAAUGCAACAAGAGCAGCAGUUCUUCCUAAUUUUGGAUCUAUGUAUGUUUUAUUUAUGGGACGCGGGUGGCGCUGUGGGUUAAACCACAGAGCCUAGGGCUUGCCGAUCAGAAGGUUGGCAGUUCAAAUCCCCGCGAUGGGCUGAGCUCCCGUUGCUCGGUCCCUGCUCCUGCCAACCUAGCAGUUUGAAAGCAUGUCAAAGUGCAAGUAGAUAAAUAGGUACUGCUCCAGCGGGAAGGUAAACGGCGUUUUCAUGCGCUGCUCUGGUUCGCCAGAAGCGGCUUUGUCAUGCUGGCCACAUGACCCCGAAGCUGUAUGCCAGCUCCCUCGGCCAGUAAAGCGAGAUGAGCGCCGCAACCCCAGAGUCGUCCGCAACUGGACCUAAUGGUGAGGGGUCCCUUUACCUUCUUUAUGCUUUAUUUAGAUCGUGUUGUGGAUGACUUGAAUCCGGUGUUGAACUUUACCCGGAGAGAGGUGGAGAACUUGCUACACUUUGUGGAAGAGGAACCCGAAGCUGUCCAGCAUUCAUUCAGCCCAAACAAGAUCAUGGAAUCUGUCUUGCAGCUGGCCUGUCUCAAGUACCCUCACCUCAUCACCAAGGUUAGGAGGGAGGGGGGAAACCCACUAUUCCCCUAAUCUUUAUUUUGCAACCCUGACCCAUCUGCUUGUCAAUAACUUCAAGGUGUCAAAGCCACAUGGUUCUUAUCUUGAGAAAUCCUGCUGUUGAUGUAAUCUUGUUCCCAUGUAACACUAAGCCAGACUAUGGCAUAGCACAAAUAAAUCCAAUUGCAGGUUCCUGGAGAGGAGAUAGUAGCUGCUUUGCUCCUUCCUGGUCAUUUUGCUUCUGUCUUGUGCUGAUAUAAGUCAUGGGUUGGCUUAGUGUGUAAUCUGAACUUGGCCUUGAGGUUUAGCUCUCUCCAGGCAAACAGCAAGCUAUAACUGAGACAUCUCCUGUGUUUCCUGCAGAUAACUUGAACCUCUUUCUCCUUGCUGUAACAAGGACUUGGUCCUUUUAAAUGACCGGCACCUGACAAUCAGAGGCAGCAUUUCACAAUAAUGCAAUAGUUAUUACACACACUGAGGAGACAAGCUGUGCCAAACCUUAAUUUACUAUACAGUGGUACCUCCGGUUGCAGAUGGGAUCCGUUCUGGAGGACAGGUGGGAUCCUGAGGUUUCCGCAACCUGAGGACCUCUUCUGCACAUGCGGACAUGGCAAAACCCAAUCAAAUACUUCCGGGUUUGCCGCUUUCGCAUCCUGAAGUUUACGUAACCAGAGGUGCUACUGUAAUUUGAAGUACUGGUACAUGAUUUUAGCUGCUAGGCUAGCAUCACAUGCUCAUAACAUACUUCUCCUGUGGUGUUACAGCUCAUAAUUUAUCUGGAGAGAGCAAAACACCAAGCCUGGGUUUGGAUAAUGUGCUAAGCCAAACCAUGUAGAGCAGCAGCAGAAUAACCAGAGGAAGAGCAAAGCAGUUGCGGUCUUUCCAGGACCCAACCAAAUACUCCUAGCCUUUGCAGGGAGGGAAAAAUACCAGUUAUAUAAAAUAAAGCCUAUUGGCUCCCAGUUUUUUCAUACAAAGAUGGAUAGGUUACGAAAGGGACACGGGUGGCGCUGUGGUCUAAACCACUGAGCCUUGGGCUUGCCCAUCAGAAGCUCAGCGGUUUGAAUCCCCGCUACCCGGUGAGCUCCCAUUGCUUGGUCCCUGCUCCUGCCAACCUAGCAGUUCGAAAGCAUGUCAAAGUGCAAGUAGAUAAAUAGGUACUGCUCCGUCGGGAAGGUAAAUGGCGUUUCCGUGCAUUGCUCUGGUUUUGCCAGAAGCGGCUUAGUCAUGCUGGGCCACAUGACCCGGAAUAACUGUCUGCAGACAAAUGCUGGCUCCCUUGGCCUGUAAGGCGAGAUGAGCGCUGCAACCCCAGAGUCAUCUGUGACUGGACUCUGUCAGGGGUCCUUUACCUUUUGGAUAGGUUACUGGUAUCCUAGAACAGGAGGGUAGGAUAGCUGCCAUUCUUUCACCUUGUGUUUUUGUGGUACUUUUGGUAAAAAAAAAAGUUCUCAAAAUGAUACUUCCCAUUGUUGUUACCACAGGAGCCUUUUGAGCAUGAGUCGCUGCUGAUUGACCGUAAAGAACACAAGCUCACCAAGGCAGAGAAGAAAGCAGCCAAGAAGAGCUACGAGGAAGAGAAACGUGCAUCCGUCCCAUACACCCGUCCGUCCUACGCUCAGUAUUACCCAGCCACUGACCAGAGCCUGACAAACAUACCCGCCUUCAGUCAGAGGAACUGGUGGGUAAACCCUUUCCUUUCUGUAUGUAACGUUCAAGGCGAAUGGCAAAUUCUGAUCUGCCCCAGCCCCUGCAUCUUGGCAACCAUUUUCUGGCUCUUAGAACAUGAGGCAAAGAAGUUAACCGGUAACUGUGAACAAUUAGAGAUGAGUGGGGGAAAUCAAAUUAAACAGCAUUCUGUUGUGAUGGGACAGUCAGUACAGUAUUCAAAGUACAGAUGGCUACAUACACACAUCAUAUAGAGUGAGCAAUAAGGUGCACUUUCCCCCUGAGAUUUUCAGGAUACUUUGAUACUGAUUUCUUGUUGCAUUUCUUGCACCAAGUCAAAUACCAAAACUGCCUAUGAAGCACCCCAGAAAUUGUGGAAUUUAAUAUGUGGUUGGGGACUCAGCCUAUGUCAUAAAUACUCAUGUAACUCCAUAAUCUGGAAUUAUUUCCUCUGCAGGCCCCUUUUCUCUGCAUGUGGAUUAUUAAAGUGAUGAUGGUGUCACACAUUGAUUUGGGGGGGCGGGGCGGGGGUACUUUGAUCCUCCAGAUGACAAUGAACUCCAACCCCCAGCCAGCAUAGCCAGCAGUUAGGAAUGAUGGGAAUUGUAGUCCAAAAAAUCUGGGUAGCCAUAUCCCUGGUGUUAGGGCAUUAGGUGAACAAUGGAGUGGAUGGUUCCAUGUUGUAGUAAGAAGCUAUUGAGCCCCUUCCAACUCUGUGCUUCUGUGAAGUGCUGAUUCUUUCCUUUCUUCCCCCCCCCCUCCCCAUAGGCGACCAAGCCUCAAAGGUGAAGAGAGGCCGGUGGCAAGUGUACGUCCCGUUCAGUCCACCCCCAUUCCUAUGAUGCCGCGCCAUGUGCCGUUGGGCAGUAUGGGAUCAGCAUCAGUUUCCAAUCCUGGCAUCAACUUUCCCAUCAAUUACCUGCAGCGAGCUGGUGUCCUCGUACAGAAGAUUGUCACCACAACAGGUCAGUUGCUUUCCAGCUUUAUUGGAAAUGGAAGUUGCUGCAAAAGGGGGUCAUUAAAGUGAAAUGUGUUGCCAGCCCUCUGAUGUUAAAACUGACCAUAUAAGGCAGCUGUUGUUAACCUUUCAAGGCCAGGACUUGCCUUUUAAUAUGCCUGCUUUUGAUUAGUUAUACCUGCAUGUCCAUCUCUUAUUUUUGCCCUAGGAAUAUCAGGGCUCCUGUACCUUUAAUAGCUGCACAGGAGAUGGAAUUUUGGAAGAUGCUGCUUGUCAUGCAAGCGAGAGAAAAUAUUUGCCUUUUGAAAAUUCCAUCUUUUGCACAGCCAUUAAAGGUACUAGAGGUCUGUGUGCUUUCCAACCGUCUUCUUAAAAACAAAAUAAAAUAUCUGGAAAGAGAGAGAAAAUGAUAGUGAUGCCACUGCUGCAACAUACUUUAGGUGAGUCUUGCUUGGCGUGACUCGCUUGUGGAUCUCAACCCACCAGCUGAAGACCAGAGGUAUAGGGUUAUGAGUAUUCACUCUCAGAAGUAAAAAUUUUUCCUCAUACACUUAUUUUGAAAAGUAAAUAAAUACUGCUUUCACAUUUUACGGAGUGCAUUUCAGCUUUUGUUUAACUGGUGGCCCUGCAGUCCAAAAACUGAGCCAGAUGCUUGGAAGCAUUUAUUCACUUGUUUUCUGGCUGAAUUUUCCUUUGUAAAUGUACACAAUGUGUCACAUAUGUACUGUUUGCUCCAAUUCAGAUAUAGUGAUCCCUGGUACAAACACUUCCACUGACGUGCAGGCAAGGAUCAGUGCUGGAGAGAGCAUCCACAUUAUCCGUGGAACUAAAGGUAAAUAAAAAGAGCCCGUCUUUCUUGGGCAAAGAAAAUGUGUAUCCAUUUCUCAGUUUUUCUUUUAUGAUUUGAGAUUGGUGAGGGGGCUGCUAUGUUUUUGUAUAGAUAGGCAAGAAGAGGAGGCAAACUGUGUCACUACAGAGGUGUUAGGGAAUCUACUACUGCAAUAAAUGCCUUUGAACCCUAGUUCAGAAACCCCUUAUCUCUCAUUCAAACUGACCAGGGUCAGGCACACACAGAGUUUGUUCCUCAUGACCUUUGUUUGUGAUUGACUGUUUAGUCUAACACAUGGUGAUAUCACUCAGGAGGUCUUAAUUGUCAGCUUCACAAUUUUAUCCUGGAAUCUGAACAAGGAAAUAAGAGUGUUGAUGCUGUGUCUUUGUAGGAAGUUGACGAGCAAAGCUUUUCUUUCAAAACUUUACUUGCAAUGUCUAGCGUGUGUAGGCAGUGCAGAAAGUGAAGGCGAUUCUCUGUAAUGUUGAACAUAAAGACGCCCUAUUCAGCUGGUCAUAAGUUUUCUUCUGGCUUACCUCUGACAACGUCCACCCAUCUCUCAUUUAGGGACAUAUAUCCGGACCAGCGAUGGACGAAUCUUUGCUAUUCGCACCACUGGCAAGCCAAAGGGCAGUGAUGAUCAUCGCAUGGUUGCCUCGGGUAAGGUGCUUAUUCUGGCAAGGAUGUCUGACGGAAUUUUUCUUUAGGGAUAUCCUUUGGGGGUUUUAAUUUAUUUAUUCAUAACCCUCUCUUUUGGUUUAACAAACUCUCGGAAAUAACUUACAAUGUCAGCAUAGGAAGCUGCCUUAAACUCAGUCAGACAAUUCAUAGAAUUGUAGAGCUGAAAGGGAGCACUAGGAUCAUCUAGUCUUAAGCUGCUGCAAUGCAGGGAUCUUUUGCCCAACACGAGGCUUGAACCCACAACCCUAAGAUUAUGCUCUACCAGCUGAGCUAUCCCUCGUUUGUUUAUUUAGGUCAGUAUUCCCUACUCUGGCUGGCAGCAGCUCUCCAGGGUUUCAAACAGGGUCUCUCCCAGCCCUGCAUGGAGACACCAGGGAUUGAACCUGGAACCCUAUGCAUGAAAAACAGAUGCUCUACUACUGAGCCACAGCUCUUCGCCUAAAAUAAAGAAAUACUAAGAGCUAAAACAAAAUACAGACAUUAGGCAUUCAAAUAACAGAAUGCAGCUAAUUAGCAGGUUAAAUAUCACAUCUUAAAAAGCAAGCAUUUUUUUAAAGUGUCAAACAGGUAUCUAAAAACGAGAAGGGCCCUGGCAAAUUGCCGUGGGGAAACUACUGCCUAGUCUUGUAGCCAAUGCUAGAAGCCUGUCUCUCAAGUACCUCUCAUGCCUCUCAGGCUCUUGCAAAAGAUGGGCAGAGUAGAGCUCCCCAGGUUGAUCUUAAGCAGAGGGCAGACUCAGGCCAUCUUUUCCAGCACCCUAGUUCUGCCUCUUGUUACUUCCCUGGUCUUAUCUACUGAUGUGCCUCUGUCGUUCACAGGAUCCCAAGGGCCAUCUCUGGAAUCCACAAGCAACGGCCGGCAUAAUGCCUCCUCGCCCAAGCUUCCCAACACAGAGGAGCUCACUCGGCCGAUCUCCCCCGACAGCCCCGAAAUCAUCAGCGAACUGCAACAGUAUGCGGAGGCGGCUGCCGCCCGUGAGUCCAGACACAACUCCCCUAGCACUAACACGGCACCCGGACACCCAGCCCGGAAAGACAACACGGCCCCAUUAGCAGCUCGUGGAACUGAGCAGCAGCGAGCAGGGACUCGUGGUACGGCUCCCUCAUCCUCUUCAGCCCUGCCGGCCACCAGCCACCACGGUGACAACCACUCCGUGCUGGACUUAAGAGGCAACAAGCGCAAGUCCACGUCGCCUUCCGGCCCGGAGGAGCAGGCCCAUCGGCAGCAGAAGAAGCGGCCUCUGCCCACAGCAGUCCAGCCAUAUGAAAGUGGGUACCCUGUCUCUGGUGGGUUCACCAUGCCCUCUGUUCCCUUAAACCACAACCUAGCCCACCCAUUUCCUCCCCAAGCAGGCAACUCCUUGUACAUGAGCACAGGCUCCUCCUAUUACCAGCUGCCUAGCUUGCUCUCAGACCCCCACCUGGUGUUUCCUGUGACUACUGACCCUCUGCUGACAGCCGGCACUGCUAGUUCCUCUGCUGCUACCUCAGCCACCGCCAGCGUCCCCUCUUUCAUGUUAAACCCCUCCAUGACGGGGAUGCUCUCCAACUACUCGCUGCCCUUCACGCAGUCACUCCUGCCUGAGCCCAGGAUGUUUGCUCCUUUUCCAUCCCCAGUCUUGCCCAGCAGCCUUCCCAGGAGCAUGGCGUCUGCCUAUCCUGGCUUCAUGUCCCCUCAUUCAGGAUAUCCAGCUGGGAGCCUCCUUCGGUCCCAGGUGCCUCCGUUUGACACCCACGAGGUCUCUGAGGUGGGCUGCAGCUCCAACGAGGAUGAGGACAAAGAUGACGAUGUAAUAGAGAUCACGGGGAAGUAAGGGGCCUAGUCUCUUGUUAGAGCUCAACUCGGCCGGCAGGCAAAAAUAAAUAAACAAAAAACAAAAUCCUCACUGGACCUUUCUGGGGCCAAGGGUUUCCAUCCGGGACACAGCAGAGGUGGAGGAGACUGGAAAGGAAGGUGGCGUUUUUAGUUGUCCGAGAUCUGCAUUGUAUGGGGAACUGUAUUGAAUGGACACCCACCCAAGAGUGGGGAAGCAAGAGAGUUGCAGGAGGGAAGUAAUACUGUAAACCAUAGGAGUGCCUCCUUGACUUUCCCUCCUGCGCUCUGAGUUGUCCAAAAGGGAGACCUGCCAUUACGUUUCAGUGCCCUUUGUUAGGCUGGAGACACUGGUUUGUUGUUUUCUCUCUCUCUCUUUGUCUGUGGAAUAACUCUCAAACACGAACUGCCUUAUCUGUGAAAGUUCAGUACCCCAUAGUAAAUAGGGGGUGAGUUUGUACCCUAGGAGACAUGAUGAUGAAUAGCAUUGUUAAUGGAGGGAGGGAGGCGGGUUUGGAAGGAGCAGGCAAUAUGUAAUGUGUAGGUGGGAGGGUGUGGGUGGGGCAGGGUCUAUGUGAAAACCAGUUUUGUCUUUCAUCCAUCUGAAAGCUGAAGACAGGUGAGUCUGGUGGUCUUCACCAGGCCCUCAUCAGGUGGUAUCGGGAGUAAGGGAGAAGCGAUGAUGGGGUGCAGCUCUCCUGCUGCUUUCCCCACGAGAUGCAUUUGAAGGCAGGGACCUUUGUUGGCUCAGCUUCACACUGGCUUCUUCAGCAGGGUUGGGUUAGGACUUGUACCAGUCUUUUAGUGAGGUAGUGCUCAGUGGAGGAAUUGCGAAGAUUUUCCUACGUCCCUCUCUAGCUUUGUGUAGUGGUUACUCUCCCUCUGCCACCCCACCCACUACCGAGGAGCGAGUAGAAGAAAGCUUAGCAGUCAGGCUCCUGUUGACCACAGUAAGUCGAACGUCUUACAAAAGGGAUGCGCUCGAGAGCCUUGCUGCUGUCUGUGUUAAUUGUUGACACUGAUCCGACUGACCUUCUCCUUCUGCAGAACAGAUUUGUUAAUUUAUUUAACGAAAACAAACUAUUUAUUUUAGGAUUCUCUUUCCUUUUCUGCUUUUUCCUUGCUGUAAACAAUGGCCUCUACUGAAAGCAGGAUGGUCUGCAUGGGGAAGAAUUGGGGAUGGUGAAUAGGCUGCUUGACCAAAGCAGAGGCAGUGUGCAGGACCAAGAGACAGCACCCCCCCAGUCCACACUUGUUCAGCUGAUAAAACAUCUAACAGCCCCUAUAUUCCUUGUCCCUCUUCAGCUGAACAUGCAGCAACACUGCAAGGUGGUUACUUCGUUGUCAGCUGGAACCCUGCUUGGUGUCUAGCGUUCUCCCUGGUACUAAGUAACAGUUAAACUUGCCUUCCACGUUUGUUGGAGAGGUUGGUUACGCAAGCAGGAUCCCACCACUUAAGUGGAUCGUGAGUUAGAAAGUAGUCAAGCCAUUGGAGAGGCAUGUCCUCUACACUGUGACUAGGCUCUGGUCCAUGCCUGCUCUGUUUAUAUGUUGCCACAAGGGUGUAUAAGGAGAAGCUGUGAGCUCUCAUAGCAGGCUUAAUGAAGGGAGUGAGUUCCAUGGUUUAGGCAGAAAGACCAGUGUCUGUCUUUCUGCUGGGGGAUGGGUUACAUAUAACAGAGACAGUGCAAUGGCACCCAGAGUCUCUCUUAUAAAGUGGAACCAGGUACUCUCUUCAGGCUUUUAAAGAAUUGCCAUUCCAGGGCAAAAAGGGCAAGCACUGCAUGUCCAUGGCAGGGAACGAGUGAGAGGGUUACCAGCCCCCUGUGCUAAGGAAGCCUUUUCAGGAUAGUGGUGAAUGAAACCCCAUUCUCACCUUACCUUUGUUAGGUGGUUAAAACUGCCCCCUCCUCAUGUGGAAACCUCUCCAUCCUACAGAAUUUGAGAAUUCAGCCUUUGCCACACUGUUUGAGGUCUACCAAGACCCACAGUUCAAGAGGUAGUGGCUAGGUGAUCCACAUAUUGGUUCUGAAAGCUCUCUCUGUGUAUGUGUGUGUGUGUGCGUGCGCGCUUGUAUGAACCGUAAAAAGCAUGAAAUGAUGGGCUUCCUGUCUUUUCUCUGUUUAUGGGACACUGUCUGUCAGACCUGACUUCACCAUUCGUAGAAGCCUUAGAUUUACAGUUAGCUAUGCAAAUUACUUUUAAUUAUUUUAAAAUAAAAACAUUAAAAUAGUGCUUUCUUCUUUAACAUAUCCUAGGAGUUGAAAACCGAGGGGUUCUGAGCAAACUUCUGGACAACUUGUCUUUGGAUGCACCAUGGGAAUAA